AGCGAAGGAGGAAUCAGCACAGUGAGCAGAUAGAAAGUUGGAAUCUUUUCACCCCUAUUCAAGGUAAAAGGAUCUGGGAAGGUAAGAAUGGAAAUUUCACAAUAUUUUGCCAUUCAACGUAUAUGAUGCAUUAUAAAAAAAAAGUGCAAAUAAUGAAAAUGAAUCACAACAUGAAACCGUAUCCACUGAAAACAGUUGUGAUAAAUUUUACUAAUGUCAUUUAAAACUAACAAUAUCUAUCUAAGAGUGUAUAUCCAUGCUAAAAGUAACAAACACAUAAACAUGGAUUUGAUUAGCGGUGGGGGUUUAAAUCCAUAAAUUCAAUAUUUGCAUCUUUACCAAGGAUUUAGCAUUUAAAUAACACAUAAUUGUUAAUUUGAUAGAAUUUUUGUCAUUUCACAACAUAUGUGUUCAUUUGUUUAGUGUAAACCAAUCCAUUUUUUUCUUCAUAUAAUGUUAUUGUUCAAAGGGGAUAAAAAAUAUAAACAACAAUGCAAGUGAUGAUUUUUAUUUGUAAGAAGAAAAUAUAUAGUAUAAUAAUAAUGAGUUUUAUCUAUUCCACAAAGUAAUGCAUGCAUUUGUUUUGAUUAAUAAAUGUAGUAAGCUCUCUUCAUUUCUGUGUGUUGUUUGAAGCAGUUGCUAACGCCUGGUAUGUUAUACAUUGGAGUCAUGUCCAUUGUUAAACCACUGUUUAUUUCUAUUAUUCAUAUACUAACUUGAGAAUUCAAAGGGCAUUUCACAUUUAAGGCCAGAGUAGCCGAACUAAAAGCAUUGCUAGCUUAGAGAUUUUUUACAGUUCAUCUAAGUUGUCCUUGAAUUUGAAAUUCACUUUGAAUUCACUUUAAUUUCUCAUUUUAGUGAAUAAUCCUGAAAGUGACAAUAUGUUUUGCAGCACGGUACAAAAAAAGUUAAGAAAAAGAUGUCAAAGAUUCUAAAAGAGAGUCGCUAGUUUAGCAUCGCUGCCUUAAUUGAACUGUUGGUAAACUACAGCCCCCAAAAGAAAAUUAGAUAAUCAUAAGGAUAGUGGGAGUAGGAGUCCAACAAAACUGUUAAAAAUCGUAAAAGUAAAAAACAGAAAAACUAUAUUAUCAAUCAAGACUUCUUUACAAUUUAGUCUGUUUUAUAAUAAACAAAAAGAUUGCUACAUUCGUCAUCGCUCACUAAUGGCCUGUAGUAAAAUGGAUCUACUCUGGGGGUUUUCCUAAAAAGUUUUACUCACUUUUUAUAUUUAAACAGUGAUUUUAUCCUUUUUGGUAAAAUGAUGAUUAUGAGCUGAACUCCAAAUAUGAACUGUUUUUUUAAGAUGGCAGACUUAUUUUAAGUCAUCAUUGUUUUAAUUGUAGUUAAUUGGGUCUAUUUAAACUGCUUUUUAAAAUUCUCAAGGAAAGAUUUAGCAAUAAAUAAAAAAAAAUUAAAAAGGGAUUUUAUGAUUCAAUAUUUUUUCAGGUUAUAUUCCAUUCAAACCUACAGUUUUCAUGUUCUAAGCAAUAAAUAUUUAAACAUGUUUAUCUUUUAUUCCCUGUUUAGUUUUUUUUUAAUUUUCUAUAUUUUUUAAUUUACAAAAACAAGUCAGUAGAGUGAUGGACUAAAAUCUGUAACAUAAUCAAGAAGAGAUGUGUAUACAUUCGGUAUAGUUACAUUUUCAGAAAAAUAACAGUUCCUGUCUCAGUAAUAUAAACAUGUAAAAAAAGAAUAUUCUUUAUUUAAAUACUUGAUAGCGUCUACAUUUUUAAAAACUACUAUGUAAAUAUUCUUAUUUUUGAGGGUUUUCUGAUCAUGCAAAAGACUAAAGUUUGGAACUUUGGUAUGUUUGCAUUCUUUCUGUUUACCUUAUUUGCACCUUUAAGAUUGUUUUAACAUAAAGAACUGAAACUAAGUCUAACAGAUUGUUCUGUUAAUACAUUUUCACAUGUCUACUUAUGCUGUGCAACUAUUAGGUAUACGUGUAUAAUUAAUAUAUAUCAGAUAUACAAAAUACUAAAGGGAUAGUAGGCACCAUAACCACUUCAUAUCAUUGAAGUGGUUAUGGUAUCUGGAGUCCUCUGUUGCCAUCCCAUUGUUUAGUUUCAAACCAUUAUCAAUUUAUUAACACAGAAUGAGGGUCCCAAAGAGUUAGCAAAUAUGAAGUAUAACUCUGCAUCAGCAAUACCAAUUUAAUGCUGUGGGUGGCAGUGAUAGGCUAAGAGCACUCAAGUGACGCUCUCAGACUUUCACUGAUACCAGAUGCUGCUUUAACUAAUGCAGAAAUAUUACUAGAAAACAGGAGAGGGGUAUGGAAGCGGGGCUUCCAGGGACCCUCAUUCUUGGUCAAACAGAUUGAAAACAGUUUAACACUGAACAGCGGGAUGAUGGCAAGGCUCUAGACACCAUAAACACUCAAUGAGAAGAAAUGUUCUUUUAAAUAUUGUUUGGGUGUGUGCGUAAUAUAAUUAUUGAUCAAUGAAAGCUUAUGUAUUGCUGGUCUCAUUAAAGUGUUCUUUUAAAUUAUGUUUCAUGUUUAAUAUUAGCCAAUUUUGGUUUAGUUUUUCAUUUGUCAGUUUUCGUUUAAAUUGUUCCAACAUCUGUGUAAAGAAUUCAAAGCUUUAUUUUUGAAUGUAAUGUCUACCUGCCAUGCUGCUGUUACAUGUGACCUUGCAAAUCAUGUGACAGUAGAAACUUCAGGAUGGUAGUGUCUAUAUGUGUUUAGUACAUAAACAUGUCUGAAUAUCAUAAAUAUAUCAAUGUAUUUUUUUUUUUUUUAUAUCUCACAGCUACAUCUCUUCCUAAACUGCUUUAUUUUGUUUAUGAGAAUGAUUUUAGAAACAUAAAUUCUGGUCAUAAGAUUGAUGCAACAUGUCCUCUGUUUAUACACAUUUUAUAGAAUAUACAUUUGAUAUUAAUUAUAUCUCAAUCUAAAUUAAUGCAUCCGACAUUUUAAAAUAUACAGAUUAUGUUUUAUCUAUAUAGUGAGAUCAGGUAUACAGUAAAAAAUAGCCACAUGAUAUAAGGGAUAUCCCAUUGUACAUAUAGACACUAUAGAGGAAGAUGGAUUAUGGGAUUUUCUAAAGUUUCAUUUACAGAUUUUGCAACUAAUUUUACUUUUUAAUAUGAUUCCAGCUUAAAAUUAUGCACGCAAGCACAGUGUGAGAAUGAAAUCCAUUUAAAUAUGGAACGAUUUCUAGAUUAUAAACUCUAUUUUAUCUCAUCAUUAUUUUGCCCAAUGAUUAAAACUGAAAGUUGAUUAUCUACAGCACUCGACAAUAAAAUAAUCAGAUUUAAAUAAAUUACUAACUUUCAGCAAUAAUUAUGAAUCCCGAAAAUAGAAAGAAAUUCAGGACGACCAUAUUUCAGCCAUAGGUGAGUUGGUUUGUUAGAACCGUUAACCCGAUUUAGAAAUUAAUCAGAUGAAACAAAAGGAAGCGAAAAUUAGUCAAUUAGUGAUAGAAGCAUUUUCCAGCUAGCUGGUUUACAGAUCAAGUAAGAGAAAGUAACUAAUAAAUGGAAAAACAAGUGAAACAAUAUAAUUUUUUUUAUAUAUAUAUUAUGUAUUUAAUAACUAUUAAUAUAUAAAUAUAGAUUUUAUUUUUUACUGCUCCUCCUUUAUUUUCUCUAUUGGUCACUUAUCAUUUGAUCUGUGAAUAAUACCAACAUUUAGUUACGGUUCCCUAUUCAUCAAUCACCUUUAUUUCUCAUGAAUCAUCUAUUUAUUUAUGGUGCCAUGGGCAGAAUUUAGAAUUUCAAAUCAAAACGAACAUGUUUGACAUUGCAUAGCUCGUUUGUAUCGUGAUUCUGGUACAUUUUGGCUCAGAGUUAUGUAAUUUGACCAAUCAUAUCGUAUCUGCCCAAAUAUGGACUGAAAAACACUGACAUUUUAUUCUUUAGUUUAAGGUAUAGAUUUGCUGUGAUACAUUUUGCUGUUGUCUAACCACAAAGGGUAAAUAAAAGUAUUUUUUCAUAAGGUACUUUACUUUAUACAAUCACAAGCCAUCAUGGCUUGUUCUCACAAGGUUUUUGUAACAUUCUCAACUGAAAAAAAAACUAUAAAAAUGUACAAUUCUUAUUUUGUUAUUAUUAUUAUUAUUAUUAUUAUCCUUAAUCUAGAUGUCUAGCAUAAUUCCAUAAAUAUUCCAUAAUUAUCUUAGCAUCACAAUAUACCACAAUGAGAGACAUGCAGUGGUGAAACGCAGAACAGAUGUUCACGACUGAAUGUCUCUCAUUGUAGUAUACACCCAGGAACUACCCCUGCUUUGACUGAGAUUGUCAGGAAGGGAGAAAGCCUAACAUGCAAACCUAAAGGAAACAAUUAAGGAAUUGUAUGGGUUCUUUAUCUAACUGGGGUCUUCCAGGUUGGUCAACCAUCUCUUUACCUAAAUAAUCAAACAACUUGUUAAUACACCUGGUUGGGAGGAAUCAUCAAACAGUAAAUCAAAUAAACAGCAUAAACACACUUUCAGGUAACAAGCACCACAACAGGGAACGUAAACAAGGAAAACCAGGAAGUAUAUAUACGCUAUACUGUUUUGUGAUUGGUUAUAGAAGGCCAAGUGUGUAUGCAUCAUCAAAAAGUGGCACCUUUUAAAAUGGAAGGGUUCCAUGUUAUAUAUGAUGUCAUAAUGAGGCACCAGGAAGCAAGGGAUGAGUAGGUACACAUCAGAACACAGAAGAUGCAUACUUUUUUAAUAUCAUGGUGCUGCAAGGGACAGCUAUCAUGACAUUAUCAACCCUCCAGGACCACACCCUGGGCGGACAGGACCAGGAAUUGAAGGAAACCUAGCAUGGAACCUACAAAGCAGGUAUCAUUGAUAUCAGAAGCCCAAAUCCAAGAGCCUUCUUCUUGGCUGUAAACCUUCUAGUGUACUAAGAAAAUAAAAGUCCAUCAUAAAGUCUAUAAAAUAUGAUUCCAUGGCUUUGUGGGAAUAGGUAAAAGUUGCAGUAAGCCACAAGGUACUUGAUGAAAAGCCUUGGCUUGGGUGCAUACAGAACAUUGCAAGACUCUUUAACUUCUCUUUAGAAAGACGACCACCAGAAAUCAUGGUGAAUCAAGUCAACAGUCUUAUUUUUGUUCUGCAGUUUUGGUAUCAUAUAAAUGGUUAAGGACAUUAAUGCUCUCCUCAAAAGGGACAAAUGGAGGAGCCUGUGUUUGUGCCCUCUGAAUAUUCUCUAAUAAAGUACUAGAAAGAACUGUUCUGGUGAUAGCUACAAUUCUAUCAUGAGGUAAUGUUUGUGACUUGUCUAGAUUAUUAGAUUCAGGAGAAUCAUAUUGCCAGGAUAGGGAGUCAUGGAUGCUGUCCAGGAAGUAGGAGGGUCUGGGAGGGAGGGUCUGCUGGAGAUUGUUCAGGAUGUGUCAGCUGACCGGAGUUCGCCGCGAACAGCUCGUGGCAAACCGCGGCGAACCGUUCGCAAGAAGAUCGCGGACGGUUCGCGACAUCUCUAUAUAUGAACCCUCCAGGAGGUGUUGAAAAUUCUUUCAGGGUGAGAAUAAUAGUCAACAUCUUCUGUUCCCUAUGUCAUAGUUCCUUUCUGUCUGUGUCAGUUUCCCCAAAAAGAACCCACAAGGAUGUAGAAGAGACUCAGGAGAGGACCUUUGAGAAAGCAUAGCCACCACUCCAAUUUUAGAUGAAUCCACUUUUAGAACAAAAGGUUUAUGAGAAUUGGGGUGGACAAGCAAAGGAGCAGGGGAAAAUGCUUGUUUUCAAAGCCUCCUUAGACUAUUGUUUGAUAGUAACACUCUUUUUAGUCGUGUUGGUGAUAGGAGCUAUUAUCUUAGAGAAUCCCUGAAUGAACCUUUUUAUUAUAGUUUCCUAAACCCACAAAUCUUUAGAUAGCCUUGAGUCCCAAUGGCAGAGACCAUUCUAGUACUGUCUUUAACUUCUUCGGGUUUAUUUAAAAAUACUUUACCAGAAAUAGUCCCAAUGGCAGAGACCAUUCUAGUACUGUCUUUAACUUCUUCGGGUUUAUUUAAAAAUACUUUACCAGAAAAAACAUUAAUCUAAGACGUGUACACUAGUCUGGUCAAAUACACACUCGCAAGUUUGCAAUACAGACCAUUCUCAAGGAGUAUUUGAAUUUGGGGAGUUUCAAAAGCAGGUAAAUGUACACUGAUGUCGUCGAGAUAAAAACAAGUACUCAUAGUGAUCACUGUGGGUAUUAAAUGCAGUUUCAUCACUCUCAUAAUCCUUACUAGACUGGAGGCACCUCUUAAAUCAAGUUUAGUGGACCCCUUAAGAUGGUCAAAGAGUUUAGAAAUGAGUGGAACCAGAUACAUGUUUUUAACAGUGAUUUUGUUCAAACUUCACUAGUCUAUGCAGGGUCUUAGAUCACUUUCCUUUUUUGAAAGAAAAGCCUUGCACCAGUGGGUAAAGAGGACCAUCCAAUGAAUCCCUUUUAAAGUGUCUCCUGGAUGUAAUAUUCCAUAACUAGAUACUCCCUCAGAGAGAAAGGAUAAACCCUACCUCUAGGUGGCACAGUAUCAGGCAGUAAGUUUAUGGCACAAUCAUAACAUCUAGAAGACAGACUGUUUCACCCUUAUUGAAUAAAUUUUUCUAAUUUCAGUACUGAGAAGGUACUUCAGUCGAUAUGGUAAGAACAGUAGGAGUGUUUAUACAUCUUACAGGUUUGAGCAUAGACAGACAUUUUCCUUGACAAGAUAGGUCCCAGACUGUUAUAUGUUCAUUAACCGAAUCAACAGAGGGGUUGUGCUUGUAGAGUCAAUGAAAACCCAGAACAGCAAGGGAGGAUGGAGAAGAGAAGAGUUGGAGAGUAAUAUAUAAUACACCCACAGUCAUAGUGAUGUUUUAGGUUUCAUGAUUAAUAUGAGGAUUGACAAGUGGCCUACCAUCUAUGACCUCUAUGGCCAUCCAUGGCCUCAGAUACUAUAUAUACCCUAUAUUCGGAUGCGAUUGGUUACAGAGGGCUAUGAUAUCACAAAUGUGUUUACAUCAUCAAAAAGCACCAUCAUAGACUUACAUUUUAAAGGAGACCAUGUUAUAUAUGAUGUCAUAAUGAUGCACCUAAUGAUGACGUCUAUCUUCUGUCCGUACUCCUACCUCUGAUGCUCGCCUUCAAGACUUCUCGAGGGCUGCACCGUUCCUGUGGAACUCACUUCCCUCCUCCGUUAGAUGCUCACCCAAUCUCCACUCCUUCAAAAAAAUAAUUAAAAACCCACUUCUUCAUAAAAGCGUAUAAAUUAAACUGUUAAUGGCUCCCGACUGAUUCCUCUCUUGCAACUGUCAUUAGUCUAAUACUAUCCUUACCCUUUGUGUCACUCUACACCACUCCCUCUAGCAUGGAAGCUCAUUGAGCAGAGCACUCACCCCCUCUGUUCCUGUGUGUCCAACUUGUCUGGUUACAACUACAUGUUUGGUCUUCCACCCACUGUAAAGCGCUGCGGAAUUUGUCGGCACUACAUAAUAAUAAUGCACCAGGAAGGUAGGGAUGAAUAGGUGUGCAUCAGAUCACAUCGUGCACAAGAGAUAGGUAUCGUGACAGAGACCUCUUAUCCAAUCCUAGUCAUUCAAUUACUUUCACUAAGAGGAAUGCACAUAUCCCAUAAAUCUACGAGCAUAAAAGGUGUAUGGGAUCCAUUUUACACCAUAGAGCUUUCUGUAGCUGUAUAAAGUGCAACUGCACAACCACAUGUAUCGCCAUUAAGGAGACAUUGAAAUUUCCUUUACAUUUCUAAAAUUUAAAGGAAGUAACUUAAAAAGAAUCAUAGAAGUUGUUUUGUCUUAUUUUCCAUGAAUUAAACUACUCAACCAUGGCACUUAUGUACAUGCCAUGCAUGUGUGCAUCUGCCAUAUAGCUCUCUCAUAGAAAUGAGUGUACACACUUGCAAUUUAGGUAUGUGUAUAAUCCCUUGCAAAAUGCAAAAUAUCACUCAAAAUGAGUUGUUUUAUGUAAUUUCUGUUAAUGACAUCAUACAGCAGGAUUUCAAACAUUAAUGGUACCUGUGUUUUUGAAGCCCUUCGGGCUUAUUUAAAACACGUUUGAGUAAAAAUGAAUCAUAAUCAAUUGCUGUUUUCAUUACAAUAAAAAUAUAAAUAAAAUUAAAUACAUAUUGUGUACUCUAUAAUGACCAUUUAUUUACUGUUAUUAAACUAUUUAACACUAGAUUUUAAUUGGAAAUAAUGGGUCCCACAAAUGGCAUAUGGAAGAAAAAAUACUCUAAAGCAACAUAAAGAUAAUAAAGAAAAUAGCUAAUUGUACAUGUAGGUAAUUUAUAGCCCAACACAAUCUUGAGUCAAAAUAAACACUUUGUGUUGCUACAAAUACUCCAUUGAUUGAUGCACAAAUUCCAUAAAUAUAAUAAUAAAUAAAUAAAUAGUAAAAAUGCCCCCAAACAAAUAUCAAUGUAGAACUGUCAUAUACAAUGAAUAUGCAGAACUUUUUUUAUAUAUUGUUAACUAGAUCAAAUAUAUAAUCUGUCUUUUGAGCUCAGAAGUUAAUAUUUUAAGUUUAUAUUUCCCAUCAUGGACCUGGCCUCCUCCUUCUGAUAUCUGUAAUAUCUUUAAAUUUUUAUAGCACGGGCUGUUAUAAGCUGGUGUAGAUAUAAUGUUGGCUCGGGGAAGUACUGAAAAUGCCCAUUCCAUCAUUGGUUUUCCAGCGCGAACACACACGCACAUAUUUAACUCACUAUAUACCACAAUUGCUAAAGUUAACACAGUACCUUACUGUUGUAGAGUGUUUACUGGUGGCAAUUCAAUUACUAAAAGGCAAGAGUGAGAGUGUACUUUGUUUUACCCAAAUAAAAAACGAUAUAUUUAAUUCAAGAUAGCUACAAAAUACAUUCUUGAUUUUUUUUUUUCAAUUCUUUAUUUUGGAUGUGCAUGGGAGUUAGUAAAUGAACAAGAGAUAUUUGUACAUCAGUCAGUUAAUGACUAGCAUGUACAUGUCUUGCAAUGUGCACAUAUUUUUUCAUUUUUUUCUAUGUUAUACAGAGUUAACAUUAUAAAAGUAGAGCAAACAGGUUAACAAGAGCCCUGUAACGAGUAACAUCAUUAUGUCAAAGUGGGUGUCAUCGGGUUGGGUAAUGGACCUAAAGGUAACUGACAUAUAUAGGCCUAUAAAGUAAAGCUAGUUUCCAAUCUGGGAUGUGCUGCAUUUUCGAGUGGGUCGGUACGUGUGGACAGCCUGCAGGUGAAUGCAGUAUCCCUAACCAAGGGGGCAGGUGGGGUUGCGAGGUAUUGGUGCAGACUUUGGCAAUCGUAUAUACACGAGUGCUGCAUUGAAGAGGUUAAAGCCUACAGCCAACAAUGUAUAUUACAUUAGAUUUAUCUGCUUGCAUUUCUGUUGUACACAAAACUAUGUGUUAAGAUUUUUUCCCCAUAUUCUCUUGGCCUUUGUUUCUGUUUUGUUUUAUUUUCGAAGCAUAUGGAACCAAUGUUUUGUGGUCUGUUCACCUCAUCAUGAGUCAUUCCUUUACAGUAAAUGGAAAUUCAUAAACACACAAAUGUUGAAAAAAAACUCUUAAUGUUUUUGUUUUUUCUUUUACUCUUUCGCAAUUCCAGGUGUUAAGAUUUUGGAUGUGAAAUCAUUUCUUCAGAUAAUGUAUGGUUGCGAACUCAAGGCUAACAUGGCUUGUUGCUUAUCCAUUGUUUAUUUGGAGAACAUUGUUAUCGUUUUGCUUGCAUUUUAAUUAAACAAAUUCUAAAAGCGCUUUCAGGAUUAAUGAUUAAUUUAUACAAAUAAUCAAUAGACUUGUGCACAAAUCCCUUCUGCUGUGUUGAACAAAUCAAAUGCCUGUCAAUUCAUGAAUGACCGAAUCAAUUUAUUUAAGAUUCAUUCAACCAUAACUUGAUGGGCAUUUGGUUAAUUCAGCGCAGUUUGAAAGGCAUAUGUGUACAAGCACAUUUAAGCAGACUCAAAAAAAUACUCUAGUUUGCCAAACUCCCAUUUUGCACAGUUGGUUUCAGAAUUAUGCUUAGUGUGUACUCUUUUUGAGCAAUGUGCACUCCACCAAACAUGGUACACAUUGCUGUUUCUCUUAUGGAAUAUGAGAGAAUUGUGCAAGUACUUUCAGGGUCAGUAUAAUUAGCUCUUGUUAAAGGACCACUAUAGGCACCCAGACCACUUCAGCUCAAUGAAGGGGUCUGGGUGCCAGGUCCAUCAAGGGUUAACCCUGUCGCCAUAAACAUAACAGUUUCAGGGAAACUGCUAUGUUUACAUUAGGGUUAAUCCAGCCUCUAGUGGCUGUCCCAUUGACAGCCGCUAGAGGCGCUUCCGUGCUUCUCACUGUGAUUUUCACAGUGAGAAGACGCUUGCGUCCAUAGGAAAACAUUGAGAAAUGCUUUCCUAUGGACUGACUGAAUGAGCACGCACUGCUCUUGCCGCGCAUGCACAUUCGGCGGAUGAAGUCAGAAGAAGGAGGAGAGUCCCAGCGCCGAGGGAGCCUGACACUGGAGAAAGGUAAAAAUUUAACCCCUUCCUCCCCCUUCAGCCCGGCGGGAGGGGGGCCAUGAGGAUGGGGGGGGGGAGUAAAAGGACUCAGAACAACAAAUCUUCCCGGAUUGCCCCAGCAACUAAUGCAUGUGUCUAUUAUUAUUAACAUCAUUAGUUGCCAGUGUGAACCAGUUAUCUUGAAAUUACUCCUGUCACAUUUGCUUCAAAUGUUGCUUGGCAAGCAGGUUUUUUGUUUUGGAACACGCAAUAUAAUUUAGCGAGAGAAACCUCUAGUCGAUUCAAUACACUAUAUCAGUACUUUUACAACUAGAUUUCUAAACACCAAACAAUGCUUACAGAAAAAAAAAAUAAUAAUAAAUAAAACCAGUGUUAAAGUAUUUCUAAAUAUGUUGUAACUUGAAAUUAAUAUGUUCCCCUCUCAUAAAUGUAAAUAUAUUUUCUGAUAAACAGAGGAUAAAUUCCCUUUCGGAUUGUCAUCUUGAUUUGCUAUAGUUCGAUUUCUGAAUUUUACAAUAUCUCAAUAGAUAUGUAGGAUGUUUAUUAUAUCAUAUAAUAAUAUAAUGUUUAUCAUUCCAGUAUUUAUAAUUAUCAAUAAAUUUGGGAUUUCUGAUAUAUAUCUAAAAAUAUUCUCUCUUUGAGUCACUAGUGUAAAACAGCAAAGCGGUGCAUCACAGUUUAGUUCACAAAUGUGUCAUUAAAACCCUUCUUCUUUGCUAUUAGCUUUAAAGCUGCCUUAAAUGAAGUUUUAUUUUAUUGGUAUAUAACAUGCCUUGUUAUGGCAGAAAUAUGUUGUUCUGUCUCUUUCUUUUAUAUCUGUGUUUCACUUCAGCAAGCAACAAAGACUUGACAGGCUGUAAAGUAUAGUUAGAGCUACAGUAUAAAUAAUUCUAGUACUUAGGAGGGUAGAUAAUCUAAUAUAAACUACUAAAACAUAAUUCAGAUAUAAUACAAAAUAUGACUAGAUGAGCAAUAGUGAGGGAUCAGUUAACCAGAGAAAAGAAAACAGAGUCAUAAAAUAUGAAUUUAAGGAUUUAUACGGACAUAUUUACCUUGCUUUUGUUAAAGGGCCAUCAAGUGCUUAAAAGUGUAGAAUUUCUACUUCUGACUGGAAAGAUGUAUUUUCAAGACAUUUUUUCAGAGAAAAAUAACUUCAUUUGUAAUGCUGAAGAAUGCGUAAUUUGACAUGUGUAAUGUUUUUAUAGUUUAUAUACUAUUGAUAGUGUUUGCUUUUGUUGACUAGAGAUAGUGUGAUUUCUGACUCAUCUUCUGUUACAAUAAUAGGAAAUGUUCCCACCUGAAGGUGGAAAGGCUCUGAACCACUAAACAGCGCUUUCGACUUAGUAUUGCUAGAAGUCGUCUUACAUUUACAUAAUAUUUAUUAUUGAAUAAAAAAUCUCUAUCCACAUACGCAUAAUCGUUUUCUUAAUUAACUUGAAGUAAAUGGAAUGAUAGAUGUUUUUCCCUCUUACAUACAUAUUUAGAAAUCCUUUGAAGGACUGGAUCAUAGUCUGCUACUUGGGAUACGUUGCAGACGGACAGGCGAGGUUUACCCAUAGAACCGCAGCUAUUAUUGAAAGAGUCAAAGGAGGUCACAAGUUAGGAUCUCCCCAAAAAUACCUUAAAUAGCAUUAGAACUAAAAAUAUACACUUCCCCCUAAAUCACCUUUAACCUCAGCAUUUUGUUUUGGGCGCCAGUAUAAGGAAAUCAGAGGCAGCAAAUGAUACUCCUUCCAAAAUCUCCACUCGUCUAAUUUCAACCGCUUAAUCAAGUGUCUUUUGUGUGGCAGGUGCUGAAGUUUAUUUAUGUUAGUAUACCAUACUCUAUUUUUAGAAAUUUGGUCUUAGGGAUGAAUAAACCCAAGCAAGCACAUUAAGCCAUAUUAAAUGUGUGUAUUUAGGCUGCCUGUUUUAUUUUUACAUCCUCACGUCCAAAUAAUCAGGAUGUGGUUAUCGAAGAGGUGAUAGAGACUCUUUAUACUUCCACAUGCAUGCAGCCAUAAUAUUACUAUGUUCUUGCACAUUCUAUUGUAGGGGUAGAUUGGGCCUGAUUUUGAGAAAUAGUCAGGCACACAGCCUGACACCAAAAUUAUACAAAUCGUAUCCUUUUAUGGGAUGUUUUACAGAAAGAUAGCCUGAUGUUUUUAAGUUCAGUAAUAUCUAGAUAUAAACCAGAACUAUGUUGUAAUCUAUAAUUUAUGCUGCUAGUCUAGCUGCCUCAUAAAGCAGAAAUAUAUAAGAGAUGGGAGAUUGUGAGAAACAAAAAACAAACAAAAAUAAUACAAUAAAGGAAAAAGAUUGGGCCAAGAGAGAUUAUAUACAAAUAUACAGCAUGUUGUUCUGUAAGGUCCAUUCCCCAGAUUGAGAUUCCAUGAAUUAUGAUUACCUAUAAAAUGUGUGUUAAAUACUAGGUGCAUUUGUUUUCCAACAAAACAUAAAAGUUAUGAAAAAUUUGUUUUUUUAAAUGAAUAUUGAUCAAUAAAUUGAACCGAAUGACCAAACUGAACGCAGAACAAAUUCAGUUCUGCAUCAUGCGGAUGUACAGCUCAAUGUUUCUGCAGUACAGGUUCAUUAUCAAGACACAAGUUAUCUCUAUAUAUAUAUCUAUAUAUCUAUAUGUACAAACACACACACACACACACACAUAUUUAUACACUAUUUAUUUCCUGAUCAAACAUGGCAGCACUUACUCAUGGUGUUAGCUCCUUCCCUCACAGCAGAAAGGACAGAAAAUAGAACUCUGAAAUUGGUAUAUAUAGAUCCACCAACUCCUCAACAGGCAAUCUUUUUCCCUGUCCUUCACAGGAUUCUGGAAGGAGUUUGUUUAAGCAGGCCAAGAUUUUUUAUUUUAUGCUUACCAGGCCAAUAUUUUUGUGGCCCAGCAAGGGUUCAGCCUUUAAGCCCUGAAGAGCCAGCAACAGCACAUAUCUAUGAGUCACUAGUCUGGUUAUACACUUUUGUGACAGAGGGCCUGACCCAACUCUCUCCCUCAGGGUAUGAAAGCGAUCCACUGCAUAAAUGAGACACAGGUGGGGUUUAGCCUCUUAUACCUGAAGACCCAGCAACAGCCCAUCUCUGAGUCGCCAGCCUGGGUACCCCCUUUUGUGACUGGGGGUCGGACCCAACUCUCUGCCUGAGGGGAUAAAAGUGAUCAACUGCAUGCAUGAGGCCAAACUGGGCCUAGGGCUCUUUUCCCUAAAGACCCAGUAAACAGCACAUCUAUAAGGUGACUACCUGUGUAUGCCUCUUUUAUGUAUUCCACUAUGUCUAGGGUUUGUUUUAAACUUUCCCCCACUUUUGAUAACGACUGGCAUAUGAUGUAUAAUAAUCCGUUUCCCAUUUGAAAUAUACACAUCUUUAAUUUUACCACAUGACAGGAGGCUUCCUAUUUUGCAUAUAACUCUCUUUACUAACUCCACAUAGCAGUAAAGAAAAAAGUGAAAACGAUAACCAAUCAAAAUGCAAUAUGCUGUAUGGUAUUCACAGUGAUGAGGCUCCUCCCCCUAUUUCUUUACUGCUCCAUCAGCAGACAGGUCAGAGUUUCAGCUCUUCCUCUUCAUUACUGUUUGUUUGACUAAAUAUAUUGUACCUUUAACUUUAACUUUAUGUUAUUUAUAUGACUAUUGCAUCCUAUCCUAUAUUCUGCUCUUUAUCUCUUUCCACAGGGACUCCUGUCCCUGUAUUCUCUGUCUCCCCUUAUCUGUGGGGCCCUUUUUCUAGGUUCUUUCCUCCGCCAGCUUGGCGACCGUUUUUCUCGAGCUAUCCGCCGCCCAAACGGCGGAUUGCUCAUUCCAGGACACCUUUGGGGUAACGCUCACCCCUUUCAUCCACCCUCACCCCGCGGUCUCUCGACCGCGCACAUCCCGACCGGCGCUCACGGGAUUUUCGCUCCCGGCGCCGGCGGCCAUCUUGGAUCUCGCAUCUCGCGAGAUCCACGGCCGCCAUUUUAAGCCCCACCGAGCCACUUGCAGACAGUGCCUGGCUCCUACUUACACCCGGUCACCCUCAAACACGUCCCAGACAUUCUUCUAGCAAGUGUGUUGAAGGCAGGGGUCACAAGGUCAGUUAAUUCAGUCUGUGUACUAAAGCACAAUAGGGUUGCAAUACCCUGUGCUCUUGGGGUGCGGCCCCUAAUAUUUAUGCUGCUUAUGAGGUGUGACUAUACAUCCUCCAUAUACCUGGGUGCGGCCCAGUGAAAAAACCCAAAUAUACCCUGCUGGGGUUACAGGUACUGCUGGUACCAAGUGCUUUUACCUGAGUCUUUUAUUAUUACACCCUGCUGGGGGUUUUGGUACUGCCGGUACCACUGCACGUAAUUACUAUUCGCCCUGCUGGGGUUGAACUGGUACUGCUGGUACCAUUAUUAAUACAGACUGACCCCUGACCCUAUCUGCGCCCUGUGCCAAGUAAAAAAAUUUUUGUGGUCAAUAUUUUCAUCAUGGAUUCUUCUCAAAACACUGCUGAAUUUCAAAAUAUGAUCAGUGAGGCUAUAGCGGCCUCGAUGGAGAAGGCACUCUCCAGGGUUCUGACGGCCUCUGCCGAACAGAAAAUCCCUGCUAAGGUCCAGCAACAGGACUACGAUUCCGAGGCUUCGGAAUCACACACACAAGCCGAUACUCGGCCCUCUAAACGCCACUGGAAGGGCGAAAAGGGGAACGCCAACCCCACAAGGGCAAGACCCCUAUAAAAAGGCGUAAGCCAGCUCCGGCUGUCCCUUCCCCAGGACGCAAUUACUCCUCAGACGAGGAGGGGAGACACUCGCCACCCAUGGCGAUUUUGGACUCAUGGCAGGCCAUGGAUUCCGAUUCCCAAGAGGAAAACGCCUGGGACUCGGAAGAUGAGUCACGCCCUGGUUUCCUACAGGGCACCUUCCUAGACAACAUUCAACUGCCGGACGACCCGGCACAAACGCAGGACGAAGGCGAAACCAUCCUGGACCCCUCGGGCCAGCGAUUAUUCGACCCACGGAACAUUCGACACCCGCGUUCGGGGGACUGGACACCCCCCGAACACCUGGCGAGGUUCAUGCACAAGUGGCUACGCAAACCAUUGGAUAAGACGGUCCGCAACCGCUUGCGUUCCGAAUGUCCUCGCCCCUCACUACCAGAUCAAGUGGCUCAGACCCCAGAAUUCGACCAGGUCAUGACCACCUUUAUGUCUCGGGGUGGUCGGGAUCCCCGUAAAGGGGUGGAGAAGGGUUUCCAUAGCGUACAAGACAAGUUGCUGGAUGCGAUCGGCCCCCUCUCCCGCAUCAUGUACUUGGCGGAUGACGCCCUCACCCGAGCUGAACAGUUUGAUACCAACAUGGUACGUGAAUGGGCUCACGACGUAAGAGAAUGGGCGCAACGCUGUUUUUGUUUUGUUGGCAAGCUGUUCGGGGACACUUUCCUGAAGGACCUGAACAGACACGUGAACGUGUUCACGUCGCUUAACAAAGCUCAGACCACCAUGAAGCGGGUCUUCAGGAAUAACCCUAACCGGGGCGUUUUUGGAUGGGCUGGCCGCUACAGGGGCCGUGCAGCCAGCCGCUUUUGGCCUUCAGGCCCCCGCUCACAAAGACCUCAACCAUUCUACCCGGAAGUUGGCUACAGACAGCCUUUCUCCUACACCAGGGGAGCCGACCGAGGUCGUGGUUCAAGGGGCCGUGGCAGAGCACGCUUCACCCCCACAGGUAAGCCAAUAUGUGACUCACGUACCCCUUACUUCACAAACGGCAGGUCGUAUUGCUCUCUAUUUUCAGAAUUGGACAACCAUUUCGACGGACGCAUGGAUCCUGCAAACCGUACAGGGCUACGUCAUAGACUUCGUGGGCCACCCGAACCAAACGGUACCUCCUUACCCCGGGACAUGUUCCUCGGAAGACCAUCGACUCAUACAAAUCGAGUUGGAGGAACUCCAAUCGAAAGGGGCGAUAGAACCCGCUCACGAUCAGGGGGGAUUUUUCAGCAACAUCUUUCUGGUAAAGAAGAAGACCGGGGAAUUCCGUCCGGUCAUAAACCUGAAAGGCCUCAACGCAUUCGUCGUAUACAGGCACUUCAAGAUGGAGGGCAUACAUCUUCUGAGGGACCUCCUCCAAGACGGGGACUGGUUCACGAGACUGGACCUCAAGGACGCGUACCUCUCGGUACCCGUCCACAUCGACCACCGCCGAUUCCUCAGAUUUCGGUGGCAAGACCGGCCUUGGCAAUUCACGUGCCUUCCCUUUGGACUCAGUUCAGCCCCGUGGUGCUUCACCAAAUUAAUGAAGCCAGUAGUCGCACAUCUUCGAGCACGAGGGAUUCGUUGCAUUAUUUACCUGGACGACCUGCUUCUAUUCUGCUCAGACAAGUCCAGACUGACUCAACACACACAAUUUACCGUAAACUUCCUGACAUCACUGGGCUUCGUGGUCAAUUUCCUGAAGUCAGAAAUGUCUCCAGCUCAGACGGUGCAGUUUUUGGGCUUCGAAAUAGACUCCAAGUCCAGCACGUUACGCCUGCCGACGACAAAGAUCGCGGCCAUCAAAAAAGAAUUACGCAGAGUCAUUCGCUGCCAAUCCAUUCCGCUCCGCAAUCUGGCCCGGAUUGUGGGACUACUAUCCGCGUCCAUACAGGCCAUAUUCCCGGGACCCCUGCACUACAGAGCAAUGCAACGCCUGAAGACCUCCUUCCUGCACCGGAACCCGUCUUACGACCAAACUAUCCCGAUUACGGAGGAGGUAAAGGAGGAAUUCAGAUGGUGGCUAGACAGCAUGGAGGCAUGGAACGGCCGAGCCAUCUUCGGGAGUUCGCCCGACAUAGUUCUGGAAUCGGACGCCAGCCUUUGGGGCUGGGGCGCGACGGGCGAAGGCAAGUCGACAGGAGGCGCCUGGACUUCUCAGGAAAUCGACCUACACAUAAACUGCCUAGAACUCCUAGCAGGCUCAUUCGCGAUUCGCAGCUUAGCAAAGGACAGAUCGAACUGUUGCAUCCUCCUCCGGAUGGACAACGUCUCCGCGGUUCGAUACAUCAACCGCCUGGGCGGAGCUCGGUCCCGACUGUUAUCCGAAAUAACGAAGGAGAUUUUCAACUUCUGCUUGCCCCACAACAUCUCCCUCAAGGCGGAUUACCUUCCGGGGGAGACAAAUCUGACGGCAGAUUGGUUUUCACGCCAUUGGCGGGACAGCAGCGACUGGAGACUGGAUCCUCAGGUCUUCCAACGCCUCUUGAGCAGGAGAGGUCCCCUCCAACUGGAUCUGUUCGCAUCUCGCAACAACAGACAGACACUCAACUACUUCAGUUGGCUCCCGGACCCGGAGAGCGUGGCGGUGGACGCAUUUCUCCAAUCAUGGCCAACCGAGGGAGCAUACGCCUUUCCCCCGUUCGCCAUGAUAGCGAGGACGAUUCCAUACCUGAAGAAUCAACACGGAUCUCUAGUCCUCAUCGCUCCCCUAUGGCGGGGCCAACCAUGGUUUCCGGACCUCCUGGCACUGUCCUACGCCGAUCCACUUCUCAUACCAUCCUAUCCGAUGCUCCUCGUGGAUCCGAAGGGGAACCCCCAUCCUCUCAUCCUCGAAGAUCGCCUCACCCUGGUGGCUUGGACGCUUUCAGGGGAGCCUGGCAAACCUGCGAUUUAUCGCAAACGGCUAGAGACCUCAUAUGGGAUUCCUGGGCACCUGGGACCAGACGAUGCUAUCUAUCAGCUUGGAGCUCCUGGGCCUCUUGGUGCAGUAUACGGAACUUCGAUCCAUUUACAGCACCUGUAACAGCCAUUCUGAAUUUUCUUUCACACCUUUUCUCUACGGGUCGCUCCUACCGCUCGCUUAACGUCGUGCGCUCGGCGAUUUCGGCGGCUCACGUCCCGAACUUAGGUAUUCCCGUUGGGAAGGACCCUCUGGUAUGCCGUGUCCUGAGGGGUAUCCGAUUACAGAGACCACCAGGACCUAAGUACUCCCACAUGUGGGACGUGGAGGUGGUCCUACGGUUUCUGAGAGAUUGGCCGACUAAUGACAGACUGUCUCUCAGACAACUCUCGGCCAAACUGACCCUCUUACUUUGCCUCGUUUCCUUCCGUCGGGUUUCGGACGUGCGUGCUUUCGACAUCAAUGCCUUUUCGGUGUCCCCUGAGGGAGUUACCUUCCGCGUAUCACGACGUACCAAAUCGGACUCUACGUCGGUCUUUUAUCCCUUCUUCGCUACUGAACCGCAGCUAUGCGUCGUCUCUACCCUGCAUCAGUACGUGGAGACCACUGCCUUGCUUCGGGCCUCUGCCUCGGGACAGUUAUUAGUAUCCUAUGUCAGGCCACACGUUCCCGUUUCGACUACCACACUCGCCAGAUGGGUACGAUGGAUCCUAUCUCUGGCGGGUGUGGAUGCUAAUUUCGGUGCACACUCAGUGCGCGGGGCGGCGGCCUCCUCGGCUUUCUCGGCAGGCGCGUCCCUGGCGGAUAUCCUUCGGUCAGCUGACUGGUCGAGGGAAUCUACCUUUCGGACAUUCUACUUUCGCCCGAGUUCAGGUGCGGCUAUGUCUCUUCUACAUCAGCGUUAAAAAAUGCAAAAUAGGAAGCCUCCUGUCAUGUGGUAAAAUUGAAGAUUAUGCUAGCGUUAGUGUAUUUAUAAUCUUAAUUUUAGUAAUGACAGGAGGCGAGUAUUUUCCCACCCUUUCCCUCCCUUGGGAAGAGUGGAUGCACGUAAGUAUAUUUCUAUAUUCCGUUGUCUUAUCUGGUAUCUAUACCUUCGUCUCCUCUUGGUUUGGGAUCUGUUAUGUUCAGGUUAUUAUGCAUUAACCUUUUAACCAGGGGGUCUCAUAUUGCUUUAUUAUGUGGGGUCGAUACUGCAAUCAGUUGAAAGAUCGGUGCCUAAUCCGUUUCACGUUCUCGUUUCAGUUUAAAUCCAUGAUGUUCACAGAUCCUUCUCAGAGUGGACACAGUUGAAUCAUCCUUCAGCUCCUGGAGCCUCGUUAAUGGGACACAUCAACCGCUGCACGUUGCAGGACACUCUGAAUCAGUUCGCACCCCGUGAAAGUCUGUUUUUAUCGAUGGGAAUCACACGUUGGUGCACGUUAUACAUGUUUGGACGUUAUUGUUUCUUGAGUUUUGCCUGAUGUCGCUUCCGAAAGAGGGGGAGGAGCCUCAUCACUGUGAAUACCAUACAGCAUAUUGCAUGUUGAUUGGUUAUCGUUUUCACUUUUUUCUUUACUGCUAUGUGGAGUUAGUAAAGAGAGUUAUAUGCAAAAUACUCGCCUCCUGUCAUUACUAAAAUUAAGAUUAUAAAUACACUAACGCUAGCAUAAUCUUCAAUUAUCGUGUAAUAUUUCAGAGUUUCAUAUGUAAUCAUUUCAGCAUAUUACUUUAAAUAAAAUGUCAAAAAUAUUGCCCAUACCAAUCCAAAACAAAAAUGUCCAAGGCAUGUCUCUGCAUCAAAUUCUUGAAGCAAGGGAAUUGCUGAUAACAGGCUAAGUGCAUCAGAUCUAAAGUUUCAGCACACAGAUAUCUAAAUUGCCAUUUGAAUUGCUAACCAGAAGUCAGCUUUUACACAUAGCUGUUAGUGGCAUUGGCAUUUAUACACAUAUGGCGGUGCCAUGUAAUGCAUGACAGGUGCAUAGUCGCCAAAUGGACAAGGGGAGGGAUAUAUGACUUGAACCCAACCCACCCAAUAAUACACUGACACUUAGGGUUAUGGGUUAAAUUGUCCACAGCUUUAAUGAUAAGAUAACAAUAAAUAUAUAUAUAGUCAUUACCUGCCACGCCCCAACUCUUGCAUCAUCUUUUCCAUAUUUACAUCAAGGUAAUGACCCACCACAUAAUACAUUUCCAAUAUACAACCAUCAUAUCAAAUAUAACAUGUAACAUAUCAACAUUGAUCAAUUUCCUGGUAGGGGUAUACCCAGAUUCCCCUACACCACCAAGGUUCUGAGCCACCAAUGGACUCGGAACACCACCGAGGUUCUGAGCCACCAAAGGACUCGAAACCUACCAAAACAUGUACAAACAGUGUACCCUUUUAACCAAUCAACUAACCAAUUAACUAACUCCCUUUACUCAUCUCUUAACUCAGGCCCAUUAUCCUUAAUGUUCCUUACCCCACCCCGCCGCUGUGACCAAGCGGAGAAAAUUACAAAGGGAGGGAGGGACCAACUCUGCUAGGUAAGAAAUUAGAGUGAGGGAUCCUAAAAUGGCUGCCCCUUUAUAUCAGCCAACCCCCAAGCACUGCUCUGCCAAUCCCUUACUGCUCUCACCCCUUAGCCCGCCUCCUAGCCCUGUCAGGGCCCUAUUCCCUAAGCUGUGCUUUUUCCAGGGGCUUCAGUUGUGACAAUAGCUUGUGAUGGCUAAGAAUUUAUGGGAACUAUAUUACCUGUAAUAACUGUAUAUCUGAUACUGUAUUAUCCUUAGUACAUGUUACAAAUUAAAUAAAUCACAGACAGAUAAUAGAAAUAAUUAAUUGUUGGGCAUUGAAGUGUAUUUUAGGCCAUAUUUAAAACAGUUGAAAACAGACUUGUAGAUUGUUUUUCAGUUUGGCUAUUAUGGUCUAAAACAAAACUAUGAUCUAGAAGUGUAGUAUGGCACAAUACCAAAAGAUAAAAUAGUUUAACCUAGAGCAGCUUUCACUAACUUUUACUAGCUUGGUACGUAAACAAGUGCUUCCCUACUUGCUGAGUGACCAGGGAAGAAGUGAGAAUGUGUAGUGAUGAUCACACAAGGAAGGAAAUUGUGAAAUAGUUUAACACAUUAAAGUAAGAUGGCAUCUGGUAAUUCUAGACCCUAUAACACCUAAAUUAAGUGGCCCUUUAAGAUAUGUGUCACCAGGGCCAGAUAUGGAGCCCAGUGGGCCUGGUGCUGACAAUUAUGAUGGGCCUAAUUACAAAAUCUUAUUUACCAAAAACACUAAAACAGUCCUACCGCCUAAGCGUCAUGUAUCUGAUGUAGAUGGUGCUGGAGGGAAACUCAUAGGAUGCAGCUAUAAGAAAACACAUACCCUAUGCUAAUCUCACGCUUUCAUCUUCAAGUAAACCCAUACCCCCUAACAGCAGUGUCCAAUAAAGCAGGAAGUCUAUGGAUGGGGUAAAAGGGUGGGCCACUGACACAAAUCUGCCGAAAGGAGCGAACAAACACAAAAAGGGGGCAUGUCUGUGUCCCCAUGUCUCCCAGUUCCUUAGUGUCUGUGUACCCAUGUCUCCCAGUGUCCCCAUGUCACUAGGGGACAUUGAGAGACAUUGGCACACUGGGAGACAUAGGGACACUGAGAUACUAGGGAACACUGGGAGACCUGGGGACACAGACUCUUGGGGACACUGGGAGACAUGGAGAAAUGGGGAUACUGGUUGACUUUGGGACACGAGGGGACAUGGGAGACAUGGGGCACUGAGACACUGUGAUACAUAGGGGACACUGUGAUAUAUAGGGGACACUGGAGACUUGAUAAAGACCUGGGUACAGGUCAAAACAUUGCGGUGUCCAAUAAAACUGCUUAAAUCUAUCACAGUGAGUGCCUGAUAUUUUUUCUUUUAUACUAGGGGACACUGAGACACUAGGAGACAUGGGGACACUAGGAGACUAGGGGACUUUGAGAGACUAGAAAACACUGAGACACUAGGGACACUGGCACACUGAGUGCCUGAGAUUUUUUUCUUCUAUACUAGGGGACACUGAGACACUUGGGGGCACUGUGAGACAUGGGGAGACUGAGAGACUAGGGGACACUGAGACACUACGGACACUGGGAGACAUGGGGCACUGAGGCACUGUGAUACAUAGGUGACACUGGAGACUUGAUAAAGACCUGGGUACAGGUCAAAACAUUGCGGUGUCCAAUAAACCUGCUUAAAUCUAUCACAGUGAGUGCCUGAUAUUUUUUUUUAUACUAGGGGACACUGAGACACUAGGAGACAUGGGGACACUGUGAGACUAGGGGACUUUAAGAGACUAGACAACACUGAGACACUAGGGACACUGGCACACUAUGGACAUUGAGAGACACCAGGGACACUGGGAGACAUGGGGAUACGGAGAUCCUAGGGACACUGACUGGGAGACAUGGGGACACUGGAAGUGCCCCAUGUCUCCCAGGUCUCAAAGUUGCCCAGUGUCCCCAUGUUUCCCUGUGUCCCCAUGUCUUUCAGUGUCCCCUAGCGUCUGUGUCCCCAUGUUGCCCAGUGUCCCCUAGUGUUUGUAUCCCCAUGUCUCCCAGUGUCCCUUAGAGUUUGUGUCCCCAUGUCUCCCAGUGUCCCAAUGUCCCAAUGUCACUAGGACACUUAGAGAUAUUGGGACACUGUGAGACAUGGGGACACUGAGACACUGGGAUACAUAGGGACACUGAGAGAAUAGGGGACUUUGGGAGACUAGGGACACAAACACUAGGGACAUUGAGAGACAACAGGGACACUGGGAGACAUGGGGACACUGGGAGACUAGGGGCCACUGGGAGACAUGGGGCCACUGUGUCCCUAGUGUCUCAGGGUCCCCAUGUUCCCCAGUGUCCCUAUGUCUCCCAGUGUCCCAAUGUCUCAGCGUCACUAAGUCUCUCACCGUCCCCAUGUCUCGCAGGCUCGGAGCUGCUGUCUGGACUCUCUGUGCAGAGAUGCUCCCCGCAGAUCAGUAAGUAGAGAGAGGCAGGGAGGGAGAUGCUGUAACUUAUUAUCCCUGCCUCUCUCCACACAAACAGCGACUAGCCGGCGCUGGUAUUGCAGAAUAAUCUCUGUUUAUACUGAGACAGACAUUUGUAUUGCCGGUAUUACUGCAAUAUCGGCACAGGCUGGGCAGCCUCAAAUACCUGAGAAAUACUUCUGAAAAAUACCUGGCAACAAUGAGAAAUACAUGAGAAAUACCUGGCAACACUAGGAGUAGUGUGUGUGUGUAAAAAAAAAAAAUAUUAUUUUUUUAUAUCAAUGGGCCUAUUCCAUGGGCCUGGGCCUGGGCCUGGAGCUGCAGCUCCAUCAGCCCCUAUGUUAAUCUGGCCCUGUGUGUCACACAGAGUACAUUGUAUAAUGCAUUUAACAGGACCUCAUAUAUCUUGUACUAGUCAUCAUAAGAACAACUAUUUCCUAAAGAUCCUGCAAUAAAACAUUACAUAUGUAACAUUUCUUUAGAACAUAUUUUACUAUCAAGAAUACAUUGAGAUUUCUAUAAUUUUAAGGUAUAUAAUUGAUUGCGGAAAAUGCUAUUUUGUUAUAAGGUAAAAUAGCUUGCUGGUAAAAAGCUGUAUUUCCUAUCUCUUCUAUGUCAUGUGGAGUUAGGUAUUGUUAAAAUUAUGCUUUUCCUAAAAAUUAUCUUAAAUUAUACUGAGCGAUUUCAAUAUUAUGCAUGUUUUUGGGAUGGGGCCUGACAGCCAACUGAAACGGAAGCACUUGUUUGGAGCUACACAGAGAAAACAUGUAAAUAAGCCUAUUAUUCAACAAAAAAAAGCCUUAUCUUAUAAAGCUACAUUUAUAUUAAGCAGCUAUCUCUCCUGUGGUACACUCUGCCAAGGGUAUAACUCUCAUUUACCAUUACUGGUGGGCACUCCCUAUGCUAGACUGCUCUGUGGCUUGCAGACAUAUCCAAGGCUGGUGAGAUGGCAGAUCCACUGCCCGGGUUUUGAUUUCAGCCUUGAGACCUGUAUAUAUCCCGGUACCCACUGCUGUAGUAUCGAAGCCUUCUUUGGAUGACUAGUGGUACCUAAAAUGGAAAAUCAAUGCCUGCUCCACAAGAUGGCCAUUACCUCGAGGCCUACUGCUCCACAUGCUUUCACACAACUGAUUUCCAAGGUGGAUUUACUUCUACUGGCUUUUGUCACACUGUGCUAACAAUUCUGGGAAAAGCUCAACAAGUGACUACGUACUGAGACACAAAAGAGCCAAUUCAAGUCCUACCAGAAUAUCUUAAUAUCUCCUAAUCGACGAUGUAAAGUCUAUCCUGAAUAUUUCCAGUGCAGCAUCGUGGAAGAUGAGAUGUAACUAGUUGAGACUGGUAUUCACUUGCCAGAUUCACCUAAGCUGCUAUCCAUACGGGGUUGAACCCCCAUGCAGAACUCUUUAAUUCCAUAUUGGAAGACAAACAUGCUGGGAAGACUAAGUGAACUAGAUCUGGUCACUAGUUGUUGUUGGAUUCCUGAGAGCAUUCUGCAGGAUUGCUGGUGGAGUGCACUUAUGCUGUUGGCUGGGCUUGUGGGGUUCUGUUGGUAGCAACUUUCCCAUCGCUGGCAUUGGUUGAGUAGGCCAAAGACCCCUUAUACAAUAAUGGAUUGGAACUAGAAUCUAACUUUACCAUCAAGGCAAAGUACCAUGUUUUAUGCUUAGUCUAGUGUUAACCUAUAAACCAUUUCCCUAACCUGUGCAAUAUUAUUUCACUCAUUUAAUCCUACUUUAUUAACUCGACUUAACUAGCUUAGAAAACCUUCUAAGUUAAAAUUUCAAUUUUCUUGCAUUAAAGUACUUUUAAUAGUUUCCUGGCAUCCUCAUGUUACUGUUAUUCUCUUUUAAUAUACAAAGCGAGAUGUCUUUACAUGCUGGUAUUGUUUGCUUAUAGUAAUAACGUGAUAUCUUAAUUUGUACUGUGAUUUCUUAUGUUACCAUUAUAUCAAAAUUAGGUUUACAAUCUGUAUACUACCAUUUGUAUUUCUCAAAUGUUUCUAAAUCUUAUGACCUCUCUUUCCUUAUACCUCAUUAAAUAUAUGUUUGAUAUAUAUAUGUUAAUAUAUAUAUAUAUUUAUAUAUAUAUAUAUAUAUAUAUAUAUAUAUAUAUAUAUAUAUAUAUAUAUAUAUAUAUAUAUAUACUAUAUAAUGCAUGUUUUUUCCUUUGAUUAACCCCUUUAUGAUUGAAUUGUGUUUUUAAGUAAAUGGGAUAAAAAGUGUAACCUUUUUUUGACGGAUGGGAUGACUGGGAUGCAAAAUAUCAAAUAUGGUAGUGAAGGUAGUGAAGGGGUUAAUUUCUGGAAUGGAAAGUAACUAAUUUCUCAACAAAUGAACACAUUGUCAGUCUGUACAGAGGUAGACUAUUUUGAGUUGUCUCUUGAUGUACAUGGAUCACAUUUUCAAUAUGUGCUAACAAAAAUAUAUUUUCAGAUGCUAGAAGUGAGCCAUGUAACUGUCUGUCUUGUCCUCGCUGUCUGUCUGCUUCAAUGGACUGCUGGGAGGGGGAUUCUCACUGAGGCUUCUACAGAGGUAUGUAAGUAAUAGAAAACUGCUGUUAUACUGCUGGGAAACAGAUUAACCAGUCAUUAACAUUAGCCAGUCAUUAUCUCUGCUGAUGGACAGUUUGGCCAAUAUUAACUAGCCAUCAUUCCUAAUUUCCACUUAGGCUCACUGCUGCAAAACAGCUUAGCAAGAACUAACUAACUAACCAUUAUAUACAUUUUCCCUAAUCACCAAUUUUUUUUUUUUUUAGAAAUAGGUAUCGGUUAAUAUUAAAAUAACAUGUAUACAUUAAAUCAGAUGCUUAGCUGGUGAUUUGCUCAUUUGACUACAUUAAGUGAUUUUAAUUAGUUAAAUAGUUAAAUACAGUCCCCAUCACUCUCUAAAUGACCCUACUAAGUUAUUUGCUAAAAACUGACCACCAGAAAUAUCGUUUUGUUUUUAUACGUGUGUAUUAGCGCAUGCAUGCACAUGUGCCCAAACACGCGAUGCGCCCAAUGUAUACACUAUACAGGGUCUAUAAUAUUUGUGUAAUGUGAGUACAUAUGGGAUAAAUGGAUAAGUGCAAGGAUUAUACAAUACGUGAGGGAAAAUGUCAAUGUUACUUAUAAAGUUAGUUACCUAUAUAUAGUAAUCUGGGUUGAAAAAAAUACUAGAUUCCAAAGCGGAGAUACAUUUACCCCAAGUAUGAAAACUAAUGCUAUUUUAGCAACUUCAUGUGAUAAUUCUUGGAAAUUUUUAUUUUGUUCCAGUUUGGCCAACAUUUGUUGUGUAUUAGCAUAUUAACAAUACUGUUAGCAAUACAGACUAGUAUUCAAUGAAUGCUAAUCUUGGUUGCCUCAAUGGCAGUCUUGAUGUGACUUCACUGCCACUUUGAAUUCUAAGUCUUUUUGUACUAAUCUUGUCUUCUGGUUAGAAAUGAUAUGUUUAAUAAGACUUUCAUUGUAUUAGUACUUGUCUAUGUCUGUAUCAAAUAUCUCAUAUAGGUGCAAAGAAAUGCUCUCUCAAAAGAUCUGGCUUCUUGUAGAAGUGUUUCGAUAAAAAUCUAUAUUUAGUAUAAAUGCGCAAUAUGCAUUUAAUUUUACAGUCAUUUCACUCUACAAUUGUUUUGGAUGUGGGUUCACAGUCAGUAUCCAGUGAAGAAAAGUCAGCAGCAGACUUGGCAGCUAAGCUCCUGCUUCUAGAUGAACUGGUUUCUCUGGAGAACGAUGUGAUCGAGACCAAGAAAAAGAGAAGCUUUCCUGGCUUUGGAUCUCCUCUUGACAGACUUUCUGCAGGUUCCAUCGAAUUAAAAGGAAAACAGAGGUGAGUUGUGUCAUGUAAUCUAUUAGGGGGUUAUGAACUAGUGCAUCUGUCAAGUUAUUUAUUUUCCUAGACAUUUAAAUGCCAACCAAUGAAAAUGUACACACCAUUCUAUAACUGAACUACUCUUACCCCUGGGUUCUUACCCAGAAUUGAUUUACCGUAUUUUUCGGUCCAUAAGACGCACCUAGUUUUUAGAGGAGGAAAACAAGAAAAAAAAUUAGGUGAACUAAACUAUUUAAUAAACUAUAUCAUAAUAAUAUUUCAAGCAUGUAAAGUGAACAGCAGUCAACAGUGACAUUAUAAACAAUCACACACACACACACACACACACACACAGUCUGUUACACACACUGGCUGUUACACACACACACACACACACAAACACACACACACACACUCUGUUACACACACUGGCUGUUACACACACGCACACACGCACUCUGGCUGUUUCACACACUGGCUGUUACACACACUGGCUAUUACACACACACUCACUGGCUGUUACAUAAACUGGUUGUUACACGCAUACACACUGGUUAUUACAUUUACACACACAAACACACACUGGCAGUUACACACAUUGGCUGUUUCACUCAGACACACACAUUGAAAGGCUAUUACACACACACUCACACAUAGGCUCUUACACACACACACACACUCACUGGCUGUUACAUACAUUGGUUGUUACACACAUACACACUGGUUAUUACACACACUUACACACACACUGGCUGUUACACACACUGGCUGUUUCACACACACACACACACAUUAUUACAAUCACACACAGGCUAUUACACGCACACUCACUGGCUGUUACAUACACUGGCUGUUACAUACACACUUGCUAUUACACUCACUCACUGGGUCAAAUAUACAUACUCACGGUUUCCUAUCAUUGCUCCAUGCAAAUCUUGCCAGGUUUUGCUGCCCUUGUCUUUCCCACAGCACUCGCUGCCAGGAUAUGACAUCAGGUAUACCAGCCUUCAGCUCUUAAAGAGCUGCAGCGCUGUUCGCCGAUACGCCCAUCUGGAUACAUUUCAAUGAAACAACGGCACCACAGCAAACGGCCGGGUAAAUGAUUCACUCGGGCAUUCAGCGAAUGACCGGUGGGAGAGGGGUACUCUAUGCUCCCACCUCUUGCCGGUCACCUAGACAGUUUUGGCUGCUUGUGCUACCUUAUGGUAGUGCCGGCCCUGCACACAUUUGCUCCAUAAGACGCACAGACAUUUCCCCUUACUUUGAGGAGGAAAAAAGUGUCUUAUGAAGCGAAAAAUAUGGUAUGUUAAUUUAGUAGGUCACCGGUGGGAGCAAGUGGAACAAAAAAGUCGGUUUGGGCACAUCCACUAGUUUCUUCAGCAGGUAGACUUUAUUAUGGAGUACACAAAUUUAGACAACGUUUUGGCUUCCCUGAGCCUUUGUCAAGUACAAUUUCUGUACUCCAUAAUGAAGUCCACCUGCUGAGGAAACUAGUGGGUGUGCCCUAACCUACUUUUGUGUUCCACUGGAUUUGUCUGGGCUGGGCCACUGCCUGUUUUGGAGCACCCUAGUGGGAAUACUCCCAGAAAAAGUGUGUGUGCAAGGUCCUCUGAAAAUACUACUAAAAGACUGGUGAGAGCAGGGACAUCACUUUUAUCACGCUGUAUUUCUGGUGCCUGCAAUAGAUUGUUUACUGUAGCAGCACUGCAUUUAAUGAAGUAGGAGAAAAGUGGAUACAACUUUAGUACAGAGAAGAGUCCAGUAAUGUUUUGCAAGUUUUAUAAACAAUACCAGAGAUUAGUAUAAGCACUAAAAGAUCAACUAUAAAUGAGUAGAAAAACAGGCUGCAAACACUGAUAUUAAGGGAUACCCUCAACAAAACAAUACAAAACACAAAUACAGGUUGCACCAAAUACAAAGUCCAAUAAGUCCACAAAUGCUUGGGAAUGUUAGUAUAAUCCUCACCAGGGAUAUAUUAUGUGAGGUAGAUCCUCAGGGAAUGCUCCUCUCCAGGGUAUUUGUAUCAAGUAACUAUUUAACAAUACAGAUGUGCCAGGCACAAUAAAAAAUAAAAUAACUUAAAAGCGUAAAAAGUGUAAUAAAUGGUCAGACACAUAAAAUAAUGUCAAACACACUUUAAUGCUAAAAACUAAUUUUAUAACAACACAGCGCAAUUCACCAAUGGGGGGAGUGGGAGGGAGGGCUUUUUCAAAGUGUAAAGUGUAAAAAAGUUAUUCUGCCAAAAAAAAAAAAAAAAUGCCAGCAAGGAAAUAUUCCACAACACCGUCUAAAAAUAUGUAAAUCUAUAUAUAUACAUAUAUAUAAUAUGUAUAAAGGAAGGAUGCACUCUCCGGUCUUUCAAACAGUAGAAAAGUAUUUAAUCCAUCAAAAGGUAUACAAUAAUAUGAUCGACGUUUUGACCCAUUCGGGUCUUCCUCAAGAUCAGCAUGUAACCAUAAAAGCAAACUAUAUAUAGGAUCGUGAUCACGUUGCGCGUGCGUGAUGACGUGAGCGUGGUUGCUAGGAAACCAAUGUAUACAGUAAACGACCGGUCUAGAAUAUUUCCGUGUAGAGUGAAUGAUAAACUCUGUGGGACUAUCUAUUAGGGUAUAUACAAACAUGCUAUAUACAACGUGAAAAUCACUGUGGAACAAGUAUGUGUGAGGCAUCCUAUGAGUUGUGUGUAGUGAAGAAAGAAUCAGUGCCAACUGUAUAUACAAAAACAUCAGUGAAAAAUUGUGACAUGCCCCAUAGUGACAAACGUGUAUAUAUCUAUACAAAAAUUAAAAACAAUGUUAUUAUACCAUAGGAAGGGAAUGUACCAAAAUUACUAUUGUCUAGAAGGCCAGUAAACCAACAAUACGUUAUUUUACAUAACUUUUUAAAUAUCUUAAUAGAUCAUUUAGGCUUGAGUGGGAACAUAGGAACCUAGUGCUAUAGACAGAUAUAUUUAUACUUAUAUUAUACAUAUAUAUAAAUAUAUAUAUUUGUACCCACAUUGUAUAUCUGCUGUAAGGCAUUUUUACUGGUCAGUGGUUUAUUUACUCCUGUUAGCAAACAAGCUUCAUUUUAGUUUAUUGUAUGGCUUGGCACUAGAAUCUUACUAGAAUCUACUAUAUAUAUAGUUUUUGUAAAUAUUUUAUUAUAUCUUUUCAUGUGACAACACUGAAGAAAUGACACUCUGCUACAGUGUAAAGUAGUAAGUGUACAGCCUGUGUAACAGUGUAAAUUUGCUGUCCCCUCAAAAUAACUCAACACACAGCCAUUACUGUCUAAACCGUUGGCAUGAUAUAUAUAUGUUACUAUCCCUUUAAUUUUUCCUUCUCUUCUCUAAGCUACACUGCUUGGCAGCUUUGCAAGUACUUAGAAGCCUAAGUACUCUGGCUGGAUUUCCUCUUUGCCUCUUGAACUCAACAAAUUGCAUUUUUCCAAUGUCAAUAAACCUUUGGCACCAGAAAGGCUAGGCUUUUGCAAACAUCAGUAGAGCUGCAGCAGAUAUAAAUCACCACAAGAGGGCGUCCACACUUUGCAGUAGCUUCUCUUCUUCGGUAAUAUUAGUUGAUAAUUAUAACUUUUCAAACCCAUGAAAAUAAAAGACCAUCAGGAUUAUGUACUAAAGUUAGAAUUCAAGGUUAAUUCCAAGCUAAAUUCAAAAUUAAGGCCAGAGAAGCUGAAUGGAAAGCAUAUGUGACUUAGAGACUUUUUACAGUUUGGCUACUUUGAAUUUCAGUUUGCCAUUCACUUUGAGAACUCACUUUAGUGAUUAACGCUGUAUAUGUCUAAUACUGACUGACUCAUACACAUAUUUGUACUGUAGCAUUGCCAGUCUUAUUAAAGAAUGUAUGUUCCCUGUAAAUGACAACCUUUGCGCUAGUUCUGUGCAUAAUAAGAUUGUAGUCUUAGCUGAGUCAUACAGGCUUAUUUACUAGAGUACAAAUUCAAAGUGAGUUUGAAGUGAAUUUAAAAUUUGAGGUCAAAGUAGCCGAACUGGAAGCGUAAUUAACUUAGAGAUUCUUUCCAGUUCGGCUAUUUUUACCUUGAAUUUUAAAAAUUCACUUCAAAUUGACUCUGCUUUCUUAUUUUAGUAAAUCACCCUGUUAGUAAAAAAAAUAAAAAUUAAAAAUAAAAAAAAUAAAAAAAGGAACAGAUCUAGAUUUGGAUAAACUUUUAAAAUUAUUUUUAAAACAAAUUGAUAUACUUUUAAAAUUAUUUUGUUCAAUAUAUUAAAAAUAUAACAUAUGAUUUUCCAAAUCAUACAACACGGAUUCAACUCAAGACUUUAGUGUCCCUUUAAUACAUAAAAAAAGAAAUAAAGACAUUUUUUUUUUGUACAAUGACAGCGUCAUGUAAUGGAUAUUAGUUACAUAGUUACAUAGUUACAUAGCUAAAAAGAGACUUGCGUCCAUCAAGUUCAGCCUAUCUCACAUUUGUUUUUUGCUGUUGAUCCAAACCUUCCAUUCUUCUAUAUUAAGUCCUUCUGUUUUAUAUCUUUAUGUCAACAGGAACAUUUCUCCAUCCAAUCUCUAUAUUUCCCCAACUUAGUUUAUCCCUUCAUCCUAACACCUUCCCAGGCCCCUGAUUUCUUGAUUUGGGUUCCUGGUGUCACAUCUGGGGAUACUGGAUAACUACCCUCUGGCAGAAUAGCUUGAAUGCGUCAGUAGAUGUGCUUACAAUUUGAACAGGUACUAGGAUCCUGCUGAGAGUGCUUUAGCAAAGCUCUCUGCAAGGCUCUGUAGGUGGGGGACUGGCCGGCUAGGCCCCUUUCAGUAGGCCGGUCAUUAUGGGUGUUGCCAGUGACAUGACUCACAUCACUGGUGACACCCCACAGGUCCACCUGUCCUGAUCUAGUACUUCUCAAUGAUGUAUGCCUCACUCCCAUUUCAUUUUAUUCACAUUUCUCGAGCCUUAAAAGGACAAUGUAGGUGCUGUAACUGUUCACCUCACAUAUUUCAUCUCUCGUCACCCUCACAGAAGCUCUCUAUCUCCGCCUAUUGUUUUUUUUUGUUUGUUCUAUUAUUUUGCUCUCAUUAUAUCCAUCCUUUCUGAGUCUCUCAUUGCAAUUCUCUCAGCAAACUGUUCUCCCUCAUACCUUACAGUUAUACUAUUGGUUCAUGAUCCUCUGUUCCUUUAAUCUUCCACAACUCUUAUUAUUGUUAUUAUUAUUAUUAUUAGUGUUUAUAUAGGUCCAACUUAUUCUACAGUGCUUUACAAUAUUAUAAAGUGGGAAAUUUAACAACAAAUGGGGAUAUUUCAAAAUGUUACAGGAACAAUAGGUAGAUGACGACCCUGCUCAAAUGAGCUUACAGUUUAGAGGAGUGGGCAGCGCAAUGUCAGGCUGUCCGGCAGGAGGGAAGCUCACUGCGCUCACCUCCAGACAGUUACUAUUUGUAGCGUGGCCGAGCUCAGCCCAGAGCUUUUCACCCGCGGAGCCCAGCCUCGUACUGCCCGUCCAGCCCAGCCUCUUACCCUGGUGUCUGCCGCUAGCUAUGUGGAGGGGGUGGGGAUAUUUUUAUGAGGAUACCCCCUACCACACAUAUAAUUCAAAGAAUUACCUCUGCACUUGAUCCAUAGGCGCGGAUUAUUCCGCCCAGGCGCAUACGCUGGAGCUGUAUUGAAGCUCCAGGAUAGUGUGAGUGCACAUCUUUUAUUUUACCUAUCUUCACUACAGUUUUAAAUACUACAGUAUUAUUUCUUCUCUGGUUCUCUCCACAUAUACCUUUUCAAGGAUUACUGAAGCGCUGCACCUCCCCCUCGUUUUUAUCCAGUUUUCUUAUCGGAAAAGAGAGACUCCAUAUUGGUGUUCAAGCUGCUUUUGGACUAUUAUCAUUUUGCUUCCGUGCUGAAUUUAUGUUUGUGUGAUUAUGUAUGUAUGUAUGUCUCUGUAUGCAUGUACGAAUGUAUGUAUGUAUGUUUCUGUAUGCAUGUAUGUCUCUGUAUGUCUCUGUAUGCAUGCAUGUAUGUAUCUGUAUGUAUGUAUGUAUGUCUUUGUAUGAAUGUAUGCAUGUAUGUCACUGUAUGCAUGUAUGUGUCUGUAUGACGGUAUGUCUCUGCAUGCCUUUAUGUCUCUGUAUGUAUAUUUCUGUAUGCCUGUAUGUCUCUUUAUGCCUGUAUGUAUGCAUGUAUGUGUCUGUAUGACGGAAUGCCUCUGUAUGCAUGCAUGUCUCUGUAUGUAUGUAUGUCUCUGAAUGCCUGCAUGUCUCUGUAUGCAUGUAUGUCUCUGUAUGUGUGUAUGUCUCUGCCUGCGUGUGACUGUGUCUGUAUGUCUCUGCCUGUGUGUCUGUAUGUCUCUGACUGUAUGUCUCUGUGUCUGUAUGUCUCUGUAUGAUUAUGUCUGUGUUUGUAUGUCAGUGUAUCUGUAUGAUUUUGAUUGUGUGCCUUGUAUGACUGUGUGCCUGAAAACAAUGCCUGUGUACCUGUGGCUUGGAAGAAAAGACAUACAAAGCGAUCUGGAGGGGAGGGACACACAAAACGGACUUAGGGGAAAAAGAGCCCCACAGAGGGACUGUGGUGGAGAAGGAGACAAAGAAAGGGUCUGGGGUAAGAAACAAGGAAACACAGAAAGGGGCUGGAGGGAAGAGACACAGAAAGGGGCUGGGGGGUGGAAGUAAGAUACAUACAAAGGGGGUUGUAAGACACACUAAAGAAGGAAUAAAAUACACUGGAGCACAAAAGGGGUAAGAAAUUCAAAGGGGGGGACGAGCUACAACAAGACACACAGAUGAAGAUGCAUUUUUUAUUUAUUUUUUUGAAGAGGGGGUGGGGGCAGCAAAAUGCAUCUUCGCCUGUGUAGCUAAAAAUCCUUGCACCGGCCCUGGGAGUGGGGUAUAAGGAUGUAAUAGGAAGAGCAUCUAGGUAGACAAUAAACAAACAUUCUCCCUCAUUCCAAUGACCUCUCACCCUCAUUCACACCUUCACCUUCCAUUCUUGCAAGCCGAGGCAGCUGAUUGAGAAGCUUGUAAUAAUGAAAGAGAUGGGAAUAUGAUAUAAUAUAUAUAGUUCUUUCAGAAUGCCUUACACUCAGUCGCUGCUACCUGGCAAACACAAUUGCAACUAACCAAAUAUUUUAGGUGCCUCUCCUUGUGUGUUGGUGGGCAACCUGCUACAAGGACAGUACCGGUGAAACAAAAAUCAUCAUAGUUUGACAUAAAACAGCCAUCAGCCAUAGGAGUGAGAGCUACACAAAAUAACUUGGCAUGCAUUGGGCAGCUUACAGGUCACUAGUUGAAGAAAUCAUUUAUUUGUGAAAUUAACAUGCUAGUGUUUCUAAAUAUGUAUAAGGUAUCUGUGACUUAGCAUAUUUCUUGUAACUGUAUACAGUACAGCUAAAACAAACACAUCUAUCUCUACAUAAUCCAUAAGUUUGUCUCCAGUGGAGUUUAAAAUAAGAUCUGAACUGUACAAUUCAUUAAAAAAUGACAUUGAAUGUGCACACUUUGUUCUCUAGAGUUAGUCAUUUGAAUUAUACUUUCCAAAUAAGAGUCACAGAAAAAGCUGAAACUGUCUAAUGAAUGGUGAUAUAGAUGAAUAAGACUAUUGUUAAAAUGCUUUUAUUAGCAACCUCUGCCAGGCCAAACAAAAUAGUCAUCACAAAAAAAAAGUCACACACUCUAAUAUUUUGUUGGACUGCCUUUAGCUUUGAUUACGGCUUGCAUUCGCUGUGGCAUUGUUUUGAUAAGCUUCUGCAAUGUCACAAGCUUUAUUUCCGUCCAGUGUUGCAUUAGUUUUUCACCAAGACCUUGUAUUGAUGAUGGGAGAGCUGUAAGCUGAACUAGCCAAUGAAGCUCUUUUAUACAAAGUGCUUAGCUAGAUGCAAUAACCUGGUCAUUCAGUAUAUUCAGGUAGUCAGAUGACCAACUGCAGCAACCCCAGAUCACAGCAUUGCCCCCACAGGCUUGUCCAGAACUUACCCCAUUGAGAAUCUUUGGGAUGUGCUACAGAAGGCUUUGCACAGUGGUCCGACUCUCCCAUCAUCAAUACAAGGUCUUGGUGGACAUACCCCAUAUUGAAUACCCUGGGUUGUCUACGUUAAAAAAAUAUGUACAUGUGGGGUGUGAUUCGGGGAUUUAUGACAGAUAAUAGUGUUACAAUGUCACUAUUGAUAAAUGUAAAAAAUAUAUAUAUUGAAAGAGCAAUUUCCUACUUGUACUUAUAGCCCUAUAACUUGCAAAAAAAAAGCAUGUAAACACUGGGUGUUUUUAAACUCAGGACAACAUUUUGAAGCAGUUAUUUUCAUUAACUUUUGUAGAUAAUUAAAAGAUUUUUCAAGUAGAAGUCCAAAAACAUGUUUUUUUUUAUUUUUCACCAUAUUUUAUUAUUAUUUUUAAAGUAAAAUAUAUGACAUGAUACAAAUAAUGGUAUGUAACGAAAGCCCUUCUUGUCCUGUAAAAAACAAUAUAUAAUUUGUAUGGGAACCGUAAAUGAGAGAGCGGAAAAUUACAGCUAAACACAAACACCACAAAAGUGUUAAAACCGCUCUGGUCCUUAACGUAAAACAUCGCAAAAACAGGCCGGUCCUUAAGGGGUUAAUGAUUCGUAGUUCUGUCCGCAGCACCAAGAAAAAGAAAGAGGGUGUAAAACUUCCCUCUAUAAAGUCUGGAACUUUGGGUUUCAUUAUUGUUCUCUUGUCUGUAAAAAUAUGAAAUAGUUGGUAAUGUUUCCAUGUUAAUGGGACACUCUGUGCAUCAUAACUAAUGUAGCUCACAGCAAUGGCUGUAAUGCAUUGAUUCAUUGUUUGUUUUUCCCUGUCUUUCUGUCAAAACAUAUUUCAUCAGUUUCUCAAGCCCUAGGUGGCCAAAGCCAGCACCUCUACACUUACCAGAAUAAACUGGAAAUUAUACAUCUCUAUUAUGGAUUCAAAACCUUGCAACAUUGGACUGCAGUGACAUGCUGUGGCCACCGAGGGCAGGUGAUCCCAGCUUUUGCAGAGUAUCAUUGGCAUGCAAGGUUGGAGUCCUUUAGACAAAUAAUGCAGAAAAGCAGUUUGAUAGACAUCUGGAUGGCAAUACCUAUAGACUCAUAACUGUAGUGGGUAUGGUGCUUAGCGAGACCUUUUAAUAUGUGUAUGUUUCUUCCUUCUGGUGCUAAGGUAAUUCAUAGAUUGGAGAUUUGUUUUAGUUUGAACUGCGUGCAAAUCUGGGGCAAUCGGGCGAUUGGUCAAUUCCCUGAAUUCCGAGGCAAAAUGUAUCCAAAUAACAAGAAGCACAAUGGUCGAGCAUGUCAGUUUUAGUUUGUGAUUCUGAAUUAUGUCCCCCAAAAAAUGAUUGAUGGUAAUAAAAGAUGAAUGAUAGUUAGUGGACAGUCACUACAUGUUCAUUUUUUUUUUUCACAAAUCAAGUGAGAAAUGACCAAUAGAGAGAAAAAUGGAGGAGCAGUACAAAAGCAAACUAUAUUUAUAUAUUAUAUAUUAAAUAUAAGUAAUAUAGAAAUAUAGAUUACUUUCCCCCUGUAUUGGUUACUUCUUCUCAUGUGAUCUGUGAAUCAAAUACUGAAAAAUGGCACAUGUUAGUGUACUGUAAAAUAUAUACAAAUAUGAAAUAAAAAGGUGAAAGCUGUUUAUUACUGUUAUAAGAGUGACGCAUGUACAUUUUGAUAUAGAGCAUAGGUUUCAAUUAGCCAAUUAGUUCCAACUGAAAGUGUGUACUACAAGGUUGCACUAAAACUCUUGAUGUUGUGAAUAAUGGUUUUUUUUUUUUUUAAUUAGUAUAAUCUCAUAAAUUAAUUUUAUGUUUGUUUUGCUAUGGUUUUGCAGAAAAGUGGUAGAUCUUCCAAAAAGGAGAUUCGGGAUUCCUCUUGACCGAAUUGGGGUGAAUCGCCUUGCUAAUACCAGAGGUUAAAGAAAAUAAAAAGUGAGUUUGGCUUACAUAGAUAUUAUAUUGCUGAUUCUAAAAAAUGCACUUGCUAUGGUAUAAUUAUUUGUAGUCACAGACAAGCUAUUGAUGGUGAGAGAGCUGUGUUUAUUAGUAAAGAAUACAUCUGUUAAACCCUCACUAUACUUCCUCUGUUGUGUUGCCUUGUGUAGAUUAUAAGAACUUAAUGGCAUGAUAUCAUGCAUCAUCACAUUACAUGACUAUUUGCAAAUCUAAAAUGGGGAAGAAGAGAAACCUGAGAUACUGGAAGAAAAAUCUCAAUGUUUCUUUUCCCUAUUCCACUUAGAACAGGGUAAAAAACGGAUUGGUCAUUUGGAGCUGUUUAACUCUUGCACAUGAAAAAGAGGUGGAACCACCUAUGGCAGGAUAAUUAAAUACUCUUUUUUAUUAGCAAAAUCUAAAUAUAGACACUUGGAAAGUAGAAUGCCUCUCUUUAGCAAAUCAGUGGUGCAACAAGAAUAUAAACUAAAAUCAAAUUUGAAGGGUGCAUAUCCAUAUGUAUAUAGAUGUGUUAAUUUGUAUCCUCAUUAAGAACACAUAAAAAACAUUAAAGGAAAAUCACACUGUGUACAGAUACACAUGUAGCCAUAAAACACAUCCAGCAAUAACACCAGCAUAUGUAUAAAAUAAUUAAUUUGCAGAUAUAUACAUCUCCUUGUGUCUCUUUUACAACCCUAACUUGCAUGUCUCUUGUGUGUCUCUUACCCCCUCCAGCCCCUUCGUGCAGCCUUUACACCUACCAGCUACUAUGUGUGUCUCUUAUUUCCCACAGCCCCUUUGUGUGACUCUCCCCCCAGCACAUUUGUGUGUAUCUUUCCGUAUUGCCUAUUUUUAUACCUUUAACUUCUGCAUGCCCUCGUAUGUGUUGCGCUAGAGGUUCUAGGACUAGGAUGUAUAACAGGGGGGACAAUGGGCAUCCCUGGCGUGAUCCAUUUGUGAUCCUGAAUUCCCUUGACGUGAAACCACUAUUGGCUACACAGGCCGUUGGGUCUGAAUAUAAUGCCUUCAAUAGGGACAGGAAACCUGAUGGGAAGUUUUGUUUUCAUAGCACUGACUCCAGGAACCCCCAGUGCACCCUGUCAAAUGCUUUUUCAGCAUCUAGUGAGAUGAAUACACUGGGUUUUCCCGAGCUUCGCGCUAUUGACAUCAGAUUUAACAGUUUCCGUGUCCCAUCCGAACCCUGCCUUCCCUUUACAAAUCCUACUUAGUCUGUAUGAAUCACCGAAGGAAUAAUGGCGGAGAGUCUAUUUGCGUAUAUUUUUGCUAGAAGUUUCGUAUCUGUAUUCAAUAGAGAGAUGGGUCGUAGAUUUUGUGGUUUGUUUGGUGGUUUUCCCGGUUUGGGUAGUGUGGCUAUAUGGGCUUUUAACAUUUCGGGUGGUAUAUGGCCCGUUUUUAUGAUUGCGUUGUACAAUUCUGCUAGGUGAGGUGAUAAAGUGGAUUUAAAGCAUUUGUAGUACCAAUUCGUGAAGCCAUCUGGGCCUGGUGAUUUCCCUUUUGGUAAAGAGUCAAUGGCUUUUUCUAUUUCUGUUCGUGUGAUCGGCCUUUGGAUCUCCUCUUGUUGUGUUGGGUUAAUCGUGGGGAGAUGUGCUUGGUCCAAGAAAUCUUGGAUUUCCUGGCUUGUUGGUUGGUGUGUCUUGUCGUCUUUACCUAGGUUAUACAGUUCGGCAUAAAAAUCUGCCAUGGUGUCAUUGAUGUGUUGAGGGUUUGUUAAUUUAGUACCUGUGGAGGUAAACAUGUGGUGUAUUUUAGACUGGACCUGAUUUUGCCUUAAUAAGGAAGCUAAGGCUUUCCCCGCUUUGUUACCCUGGGAAUAUUGCGUAAUUCUCAGUUUACUCAGUGUGUGUGAAGUCUGAGAAUUACGCAAUUCAUUGAUGGCUUUAGUGGUUUGGUAUAUUUUGGUCUGUCCUUCCUGGGUUGGGGAGAUAAGCUGAGCUUGUGUUUGAUCUCUGAGUAAUUUGAGUAACGAGGUAUAGUCAUGUUGUGCUGUUUUCUUCAAAUAUGCCGCUCGACUAGUGAGGAGUCCCCUAAUUACUGCUUUAUGCGCUACCCAUGUGUUUUGGGGUUGUGUUUGGGGUGUGCAGUUCGUUAUAAAGUAUAGGUUUAUUUCCUUUUCUAGUGAAUCUUUAAAAGUGCGAUUAUAUAAAAUAGCGUCAUUCAGUUUCCAGGGUGAGGUUCCCCGAAACUGGAAUUUGUCUUGUAGUGUCAAUGAGGUGGGUGCAUGGUCUGACCAUGUUAUAUCUCCGAUUUUACAUUCUGUGAUUGCGGUGAGAAGAUGUGCCGAAACUAGAAUGAAGUCAAUACGUGAACUAGUCUUGUGGACUCUCGAGUGGUGUGUGUAUUCGCGAUUGUUUGGGUGCAUUGUGCGCCAUGAGUCCUAGAGAUGAAAUUCCAUAAUCAGUUUUGUUAGGGCUUUGCAGUGCGGCUUCAGGGCAGCAUGUCUCCUGGUGUCUCUCAGUACCGUUGUGUCCAGGCGUGGAUCCAAAACAUGGUUUAGAUCUCCACAUAGAAUAAAAUAUUGUAAUUGUGGGCUCGGAAUUUUAGUUAAAACUUUGUGUAAAAAGUUCCUCUGAUUGGUGUUUGGACUAUAUGCAGAGACUAUUGUGUAUUUAAUGUCGUUUAUAAUACAAUGAAGUAUGAUGUAUCUGCCUUGGGUGUCCUUUUUGAUUUGGAGUAAUUCAUAUGAUAGCGAUUUGUGUAUUAGUAUUGAGGCUCCCCUUGAUUUGGUGGAGUAUGUAGAGUGAUAUUGGAUGGGAUAUUCCCUUAGUGCAAACCUGGGUAUUUUAGUGUGCGUGAAAUGUGUUUCCUGAACACAAAGUAUAUCUAUUCUUUCUUUCCUAGCUGUGUCCGUGAGAACACGUCGUUUGUGCGGCGUGUUUAAGCCACACGCGUUAAUGGUUUGUAUCUUCAGGUUGUUGUAACAGUGUGGUUGCUGAAGGGGUAUCAAUUAGUCUAUAGUGUGUAGUGGAAUGUACCUCGACCCGGGAUAUGCAUAACUUGGAAGUGGUGAUGGGGAUAGGGGUAGAAACUGAGUAUAUACAUGCUCCCCGUGGGGAGCUAGUGCAAUAAUGAUGCACCAUGGGGGUUGGAAACAUUCGUCUCCUGUGGUGUGGCGUGUGGGCUAAGUUGCUUCCAUAUGGGUUUGAACAGAACUUUUUUUUUUUUUUGUGGAUAUGGCUAAACCCAGCAUCAGAUUUGGGGUUGGUGUUGUUGGCAGUUCUACACGAGGGCCUAUUUUGGUGUUGUUCAGAGGUGGUUCGUAGUAUUGCUGCGAAGUAGCGUAGACCUCUACGUUCUUUUUCGGCACAUUAAAGGGCUGGGUGGUAUUGUGGGGUUUCCCUUCCUCACCCGAUGUAGUUUGAGUGGUCUCACGCAUCUGUGUGUACCCCGUUGAGCUCCCUCCCUCCUCUCUCCCCACCCCCCAUGGUCCAGUAGACACAUUUAGGCUCAAUAAAUACCAUUGUAGAUCUUGGGUAACAAUGUGCCAUGGUGUCGGUGUUACCGUGUCAGGUCUCUCUACUUUGCGGGUGUACCCGAGCCGGCGCUGGAUAGGAGCUCCGCUUCCCUCGCGCUGGUUGUGCCUCGAGCCCAGGUAGCGAGGCACCCCGCGCAUCCUCCCCGCCCCCCCCCAACAGGGGGGAACGCGGGCCCCCCGCCCCCAUCACGCUAAGAAAGCGAUCGAGGCUCAAUGAGGCUUCUCCCAUUUCAACCUCCCAGGCCUCAAGUGUCCAUGGGCACCCCCCCCUAUCGUUAUGUGCCUUCCCAUUGCCAGCGAGGCCUUGAUACCCAUACCAGCCGCACCCCUGGACCCGCACUCUAUCAAGUAGUGUCCCAUACAACAUCAUCAACACAAAUUCUAAAAAAUAAAGCAAAAAAGAUAGUACAUAUUAACAGAGUGGCCCAGCGGCACGGCGGCACGCAUUAAGAGAGCUUCGUCUGUCCUUAAUGUCCUUUGGUUACCCGCAUAACAGUAUUGUUAGCCUUCCAAAUCAAAGAGUGCAAGGGCCCACUGUGUCCGAACCCUGUGUACAUGGGUAGUGUUGGGGAGAGAGUCGGGGGAUCAUUAGUUCCAUUCUGCCCCUUCAAUGUCGCUGUGCCAGAAUAUAGUAUGUUAGUGGUGUGCAAUACUUGCGAUUUCCCUCAUGCGUCCGCCGUUGCUGUUCAAUGGUUGCUCGGGGCUGCUUGCCAUUCUAGCCGCAAUCUAUGCCAUGGUGAGGCUUGAGCGGGUUCCAGUUGGGGGUUAAUACCCCAUGUUUUCAGUUUGGCUGCUCCAUCUUCUGGGGUGAAGAUUGGUUUCAGCACUCCAUCCUUCACCACCAACAAUUUCGUCGGAUACCCCCAUCUGUAUCUUAUUCCGUUGUUGCGGAGCGCGGUAGUAAUGGGCAGGAAUUCUUUCCGUUUUCGAAGAGUUGCCGCCGAUAUAUCAGGGAAGAUCUGUAUCUUGGCAUAAUCUUCUGGCGGUUGAGGCAUGGUCCUGCUGGCGCGUAGUAUGUGUUCUUUGACAUGAAAAUAAUGAGCACGUAGCAGGACGUCUCUGGGUGUGGAGUCGGGGAGAUGGCGCGGGCGAGGCACUCGGUGUACCCUAUCGAGCAGCAGCAUGUCGGUCGGGAUUUCUGGAGUGUAUGCGUGCAGCAUGCCUCGCACAUAUCCUUGUAGGUCAUCCGGAAGCACCGAUUCGGGUACCCCCCGCAGCCGUAGAUUAUUUCGCCGCGACCUGUCCUCCAUGUCUGCAAGCUUAGCUUCGGUGAGUAGCAGUUUCUCUUCUAGAUUUUCAACAUGGGACGCUAAGUCGUUAUGUGCCGUCGCGACUUCGUCCAUUUUGGAUUCCAUGUGUGAGGUUCUAUGUCCUGAACAUCUUUGCGUAGGGCCUCCACAGUACUCUGCCAUGAUCCAAUUAGUUUUUGGGAGAGGUUUUCUAAAGCCUGAGCCAGGUAGCUUUUUGUCAGGGCUUCUCCCGUUUCAGGCCUGCUUUGAGGCAUGCUAUCCUCUUCAGAGCAGUCGUCGCCAUCUUAAGUGGCGUUUGGUAGGCCCGAGUUCGUCUGCUGCGGUUUUUGGUGAAAGAAAUUCAUUUUUUCCGCUUUUGGUGCAUUCUUUUUCCCUUUGUGGUGUGACAUUUUCUGAGAUGGAGUCUUGGUGCAGUUCUGUGUGUUAGGAUUGAUGUAGAUUGUCAGCCCAUGAGCCGGAGCUAAGGAUUAUGCAUCCAUCUUGUCCGGCGGUUAGCCACGCCCCCCAUUUGUGUGUAUCUUUUUCCUCUUGUAUCUCUUACUCCCCCUCAGUUUAUUUGUGUGUCUCUUUUUCCUCUUCUCCAGCUCCUCUCUAUGUCUUUUUCUAUCCUUCCCCAGCCCCUCUACAUCUUUCCCCCCACAUCCUCGUUUAUGUGUCUCCUUUUCCCAGCUCCUUUUGUGUGUCUCUUCCCCCCAACAACUUUUGUGUGUCUCUUUCACCCAUCCCCAGCCCCUCUGAGUGUCUCAUUCUUGACCCUAGCCCAUCUUUGUGUCUCAUUCUUUUUCCCAACCCCUCUAUGGGCCUCUUUCCCUAAGCCCCUUUUGUGUGUCUCUUCCACUCCUCCCUUUGUGGUCUACUCUCAUCUCUCCCCUCCUGGCGUGCCUGCUUACCUCCAUGUUGACUGCACAAGCAACUUAUACCCUUAAUGGAAGUGAAUUAGAGAUAACCACACACAAGAAGGAAUUGUUAUAGACAACAAACUAUGUGCAAUGUCAAUUAGCAGUGGCUAAGGCCAAUAAGGUAUUGUCAUGCAUGAAAAAGGGCAUUAAUUCUCACGAUGAGAAUAUCAUUUUGCCUCUUUAUAAAUCCCUGGUAAGACCACAUCUUGAAUAUGCGCUGCAAUUUUGGGAACCUGUUCUAAAGAACGAUAUUAUGGCACUAGAAAGAGUGCAGAGGAGGGCUACAAAAUUAAUAAAAGGAAUGGCUAUGAAGAAAGGUUAACAAAUGUAAACCUCUUGAGUUUAAAAAAACAUCACCUCAAAGGGGAUGUGAUAACUUUAUACAAAUAUAUUUGUGGCCAAUACAAACCAUUGUGUGGAAAUCUAUUCACAAACAGGACUUUAUACAGGACACAAGGUCAUGCAUUUAGACUGGAAGAAAGAAGAUUUAGUCUAAGGGAAAGGAAAGGGUUUUUUACCGUAAGAACAAUAAGAAUAUGGAAUUCUCUGCUUGAAGAAGUUGUUUUAUCAGAGUCCGUACAGAUGUUUAAACAGCAACUAGAUGCAUACUUGCAAAAACUGAAUAUUCAAUGAUAUAAUUUUUCAAUGUAGGGUAAAUGCUUCUUGAUCCAAGAAUUAAUCUGACUGCCGUUAUGAGGUCAAGAGGGAUUUUUUUUCAUAGUUUUUUCGCAAAAUUUGAAGUGCUUAAAAAUUAUUUUUUUUUGCCUUCUUUUGGAUCAACAGCCAAAAAACAAAUAUGAGGAAGGCUGAACUUGAUGGACACAUGUCUCUUUUCAGCCUAUGUAACUAUGUAACUUUUGGUUGUGUCGUCCCUGCCUGAGCUGUGUAGUGAAACCUUUUAGUGUACCUUUAUUCUACUGUGGGGGUUUGCAUAUAAAAUACGAACAACACUUUUCAUUAAGGAACCCAAGAUAAAAAAAGUGCAGGUCCAAAGUAAUAGCAGAAUAAUCUGUGAUAUCAAGAGACACAGUGGGGGGUUAAGCUCCACACAUUUACCAGUCCCCCUUGUGGGCUGUCAUUAUUGAAUGGUGUAAAUGAUACAGCUGGGGAUGGUAAGCAGUUUCUCUCUGAAAUAGUCUAACCAAUAUGUAUAGUUUUACCUGAUCAGUGAAUGAGAAUGAUACAGCUGGGGAUGGUAAGCAGUUACUCUCUGAAAUAGUCUAACCAAUAUGUAUAGAUGUGCCUGAUCAGUGAAUGAGAAUCUACCUUGGAGGCUAAUAUAUUGCCAUUCUACACUACAUGGCCGCAUGACUGUUUCAGAGAAAAGUUGCUUACCAUCUGUUGCACACACUUCAGGGUGUAGAAAGAAGAAGUGGGAGAAUAAAUAAAGCAAUGUAGCUCAAUAUUGUAUAAAAAAAAGUUAGGUACUAUAAAACUCCCCUCCCCAUGCAUCAUUUCCUCUUUCAAGCUGCGAGAAAAACAGAAAAAAGGCAGAAAAACAUGAAUACAGCAAUGUCCACCCUCUGAGAAGAACUGCCACACCAGAUAGCGUUGAUGGACUGUAAACUGAAACGAAAGAAAAACAGAAUCGAACAGGCUGAUUAUCCAAUGAAACGUACUCUGAAUAAACAUGUAGGUACCCAAUGUAGCAACCAAAAUUACCUUAAUAUUUAGCUAUCCCAACCCUACUUAUGAAAAAUAGACAUAAGAAACAAGUGACAGGUAGCAGAGACAACAAGCAGAUUUGCAUACGUACCUGAUUAAUCCAAACUAUUAAAAUUAAACGAGGGAGGGAUAAGAACGGGUGGGAAAUACUCGCCUCCUGUCAUUAAUAAAAUUAAGAUUAUAGGUACACUAAAGUUAGCAUAAUCUACAAUUUUAUAACAUGACAGGAGGCUUCGUAUUUGCUGUUUUAAUGCUCAGUCAACAAAUCCAACGCUGUUUGUUUUGCUGGUACCUAUUCCGGGAGAUAUCAGAACAAUUCUAAAUGGACUUUCCAACUGUGAUAAAUCACAGUAGACGGAUCGAUGAAGAUGCCAGCCGACGAAGCAUCCCAAAUACGGAAAAAACACCAUCCGCUGAUAGAUCCAUUGUACGUGGGGUUGCGACCUGUUUCCUAGCAGUCAGUCAAUGAGCUGCCAAGCUGAUCUAGUAGCCAUUUUCCUGUAGUUGUAAAAUGUCGAAGGCCAUUUGCGGACUUAGGGCCGCGAGAAGGAACUGCCACCAUGUCUCAACUCUUGAUGUGGCUCCUCCGAUCGUGCCAGGGUCAUCUAGUGAUGUGGCCGUGCAGGUACUGACUGUCCGGGUACGUAUCUCCCAGAGUAGGUCCUAGGUCGAGAGACCCAGGAAUGUGAGUUCGCUAACCGAAGUCAAGGUCUCCCUAUAGAGGGAUACCUCCCUUCUUUGCUUGGAGUCCUACGAACACAUAGCGUUCUCCAAUACGCAGGCAAGGCGUAAAGUUCCUUUGCUCACGACAGGUGACUCCAAAGAGCAGAUAUAACAAAAAACAAGGGUCUAGCUGCAACCAUCCGAAUCAUGUGUUGUCCCGUUUGAGAAUGUCAGCAGCCCUAUCUGAGUCUGCUACACAUCCUGAGCCGCACUCCAGCGGUAGGUUGCGACCCAACUUUGACGUCCGUGUAGGAGUCGGGGCACACCGGGUUCCUCCAUAGAGUCUCGCAGGUCUUCUUGAUGGUAGUAGAAAAGGUGGGUUUGUGAGAACCCAAACCAAGAUGGCUCCCGUGAGGGAUAUAGAGUAUAGACGGAGGGCACUUCAUCUCCGAACCAUGUUCUCCAAAUAUGUGCUCAGAAGAGUAGGGGCAGUACUGUCAUCUUAUCUCAAAAUUGUAAUGACCAGGGAACUCAAGUCCACCGGGGUUUCUGGCCUUUCCAUGCGUACGUUGUACCUGCAGACUGGGUAGUGGACAUUCCCUAGUCUUGUUACCCGAGCAAGGCAGUGCCCGUUUGCUCCAUGAAGGUAUCAGUAUCUCAUGUCAUCUUGAUAUGGGAAAAACUGUCUGCGCAAUAUGUUCGCAAUGGUCCAGAUAUCUAAAACAGAAUGCAAUUGUUAUACCAAAACCUGCACUCUUGUAAUACCUGAGGCUCAGCCGUACCUUCUCCAGGAGUGUGUGUAAAUAAGCGGGAGUAUCCCCCCGUUAUACCGCUGUGAGUAUUUCUCGCGUGUGGUACAGUGGUCCGGAUCCAGUAGAUCCAUUACAGGAGGUGAAAAAGAGGGAUCCAGUCUAAAUAUGUAUGUUCUGCAUGAUCAGGUAGCACUCUAUAACAUAAUCGGUAGCACGGUCGAUGGGUCUAAUUGAAUGCACUCAUAGUUGUCCUGUACAGGUACAAGCCUGUGUGAUUAACAAAUGGACGGCACCGUAGUGCGUUGAGUGUAUGAGAGAGCCGCGCCCUCUAAUAAUGUGACCGAACUCCGUGUCAGCGUCUCCGUUAAUAACCAAAUAGCCAAGUCUACAUCCAUCUACGAGAACGUGUCACUCAAAACAUGUCCUCUGCAUCCAACUCAGUAUCAGGCUGAGGUUGAGGGAGGGCCAUGCCCUCUGAUAACAAAUCAGUGUCCGGUUCCGUAUAUGAGAGGGGUUCGCUCUCUGUUCGUAAAAAUAAAAUAUAAUUCUCGGAUCAAGGUGAUGGGGGGCCGCACCCUCUUGUAAUCCAAACUAAAGUCCCUUAGAGACUCAGGGUGACCAACUACAGGGGUACACCAGUUACUAAUAUCAGCAUAAGACUGAGAUCCUGAGGUGGGUCUCUCUCUGACCACGAGACCUCUCUCUGAAUCGCUCACCUGAGAUGGAAGCAACUAUUAAUAAACCAGACCGAUGGAAGAUGGAAUAGUAUACAACCUCGGGCCGUGUCCAUCCUUAAUAACAGAAAGGGAUGGUGAGAGAAUGCAACCUUCGGAAAUAAUGAUGGAAACUACCGACUGACUGCCCGAGUCCCGUGCGCGCGCGGGGUCUAGGAUGUUCUCCGCAAUCCAUGAGAGCCCGGGAGGUCGGAAGAGGUCAAGUCAGGCCUCUCGACCACCCGAGCGAUAGGGCAAUUGGAAGGCUCGAAAACCAAGAAACGACAAAUAAAGUAGAUAACGGUAAAUACGUACUCAGGGGAGAAGGUAAAUAGCAGAUCGGAACAGCAAGCCAAGUAAACCCAACCGAAAGGGUCAGGAGCUAAACAUGAUGUAGGACUAACUACCCAUACCUAAGACGGAUACCGGAAAGGCAGCUAGAUGGUUAGUUGUUGAAGGCAAGGCAACAGUGCUCUCCUGUUGGCGUCUAAGCACUGGUCCCUGCUUGUGCGAAAUUCUCCUUGGAGAUAUGCCGCCACCGGGUUGGUGUAAACUGUGGUGCCGCACCCAGGGACUCUCAUAAAAAAGGUUUAGGGCCUUCACCCUUCCAAUCAUAUUUAGGUGCCCGUAUACUGGUGUCCUCUUGGAUAGUAAGGCAGCAAUGCUUGCCUGGACACCAACUCAUCUCCAUGUCACUAGUGGGUACUGGGCUUUUCUCAGUGAUAUCCUCCCAGGCCUGCAGCCAAAAGGGGUUUCAGGCCCAGAUAGCUCAGACCAAGCAAAGGGCACAAAUAGAGCAGGCUAGUCAGAAGGGCACGGACAUAGCCCGCCAAUCAAAUGGGCACAGACCUAGCAGGUCAAUCAAAUAGGCACAGACAGAGCAGGCCAAUCAAUGGGGCACAGACAUAGCAGGCCAAUCAAUGGGACACAGACACAGCAGGCCAAUCAAUGGGGCACAGACACAGCAGGCCAAUCAAUGGGGCACAGACAUAGCAGGCUAAUCAAUGGGGCACAGAUAUAGCAGGUCAUACCCCGGUGUUGUAUUCCGACAGUAGCAGGGGGUCAAUCUGUGUAGAGCCCCCUAUAUGUGUAAUGAAAACAUGGUAACCUAGGGGAAAUAACUCCAAUAUGUAAAAACCCCUAGGCAGAGUAGCAAUGUGCCUACAGGUAGACAGGAAACUGUUUGACCUUUAAUGUUAGUGGCCAAAAACAAGGAUAUCAUGUUGCAGGAAACUCAGCAGUACAGGGUGUACUGCCUACAGGCUGUUCUCCAGCCCUUGUGUAAAUAUAUAUAUAUAUAUAUAUAUAUAUAUAUAUAUAUAUUUAUAAUAUAUAAUCUGUGGUAUCUCAUGAUAGCUAUAUAUAUAUUUAUAAUAUAUAAUCUGUGGUAUCUCAUGAUUGCUAUAUAUAUAUUUACCCUGAGCAGGGUGGAGGGGCCCUCCCAGACCGCCAGCGAAUUAGGCUGUGGUCUGAUGUACGCUCUGACUAUAGGGGGGGCAGCCCCUCAACUGACCUUCACCGAGAAACGGUACUGGCCACGUGUGGGAUAGAGGCCAACAACUAGAGAUGAAGAGACAGUGAUGGUCUGAAGAAUAGGCACUUAAGAAAAUCUCACAAGAACUAUAACAGUAUUGCAUUUACAGGAAUAAAAUCCCAUAAGGAUAAAACAUAUUGCAUUAUAAGAAUAAAAUCCCACAAGGAUUAUCACAAUACUGCAUUAUAAGAAUAAAAUCCCACAAGGAUAAUAACAUACUGCAUUAUAAAAAUAAAAUCCCACAUGGAUUAUAAAAUACUGCAUUAUAAAAAUUAAAUCCCACAAAGAUAACAUACUGCAUUAUAAAAAUAAAAUCCCACAUGGAUUAUAAAAUACUGCAUUAUAAAAUAAAAUCCCACAUGGAUUAUAACAUACUGCAUUACAAAAAUAAAAUCCCACAUGGAUUAUAACAAUACUGCAUUAUAAAAUAAAAUCCCACAUGGAUUACAACAAUACUGCAUUAUAAAAUAAAAUCUCACAAUACUGUAUUAUAAAAAUACUGCAUUUAUAAGACUAAAAUACUGAAUAUAAGCAAUAAAAUCCUAAAAGCCACCAACUAGAAGCAGGAGGCAGUGAUACUCUGACCUGAACUGACUGCGGAGCAGCAAAGAAAGAGGAAAUGAUGCAUGGGGAGGGGAGUUUUAUAGUACCUAACUUUUUCCUGAUUGGAUGUUUUUCUGUGCUGCUGUGGAGUUCUAGUAAAGAGAGACGUAAGCAAAUACGAAGCCUCCUGUCAUAACCUCAUGUUAUAAAAUUAUUAACAAUAACUAAUUAAAACAUUAAAAAAAAUCUUGGAGAAUACGAUUUGGUUAAAAGCUACAGAAAGAUAUGCUUAAAAUACAAAUUCACAUAUAGUGCUCCCAUUAUGAGGAUCUUCCUUACGCAAAAACUCUGGAACAUUCGGAGGGUUAUUUACUGAGGGGUCUAUUCACUAAACUUCAGAUGGGGCAAACUGGGAAGAUUUAGACUAAUCUUUUAGUUACCCACAAAGUAAAUGGAAUGCCAUGUGAAUUUAGAUCAAAGUUAAGAUUUUAGUUCAAAAUAACACUUUAAAAGGAAAUGUAUUGAAUAACAGAAUUAUAGUUGUUUCACCCACCAAGCAGGUGAAGUAAAGGCAUGUAAUGUGUGUCUUUACUGAGCUGGAGAAAUUUAGAAGCAACAACUCUAUAAGGAAGGGAACAUGUCAUUGUUUCUUUAUUUUAACUUUUUUGUUUUUCUCUUUUAUGGAAACCUCUGCCAUCAUGGUUAAUGUUCUCAGAAAUUCCAAUUAGUAAGAAAUCCAACCUGUAUGAGCUAUGAUAGGUUCUUUGGCUGUCUUGUGUUAUUGAAUGUUUUACCUCUCCUUUUUCCGUUUUCCUUUUUACAGGUACACACACCCUGGAUGAUAGAUGAUACAUCUAUGGUUGCCACAAAAACACUGCUGAUGCCUCAGAGAAGAUCCUGCUGUUGAUUUAUGUUGCAAUGUUUAAUGAAUUGACCAUCUAUAAAUCUAUUUCACAUCCUCUGUCAAAACAAUAAUAGAUUCAAUCCAUCAGAUCAGAACUUUUACUGCCAGGGUGUGUCUGCUCCGAUCACAGGGUGCAAUUCUGUAUAUAAUGCACUGCAUGCCAAUAUUUCUCAUUUCUAAAAUGAGCAAUUUAAAAAAUUAUGUUUUAAUAUUAACAUGACGACAAAGUAAGAGAAAUUAAGCAGCAUUUCAUGGUUUUAUGUUAUUGUCUUUGUUAGAUUGAAGCUGAAGUUAUUUGUACUGAGGAAUGGCCUUAGAGCACUUAUAGUUAUACUGAGAAUGUCAGUGCUCAUUCUAUCACCCCAGCAAAGAGCAUUAACCAUUGCACCGUAUCUUCCAUUGCCUGCUAGCCUGGUUUUAUGAAGCUACAUAUUAAUUAUGGAGCUGUGAUUCCACUUAUCACUUUGUAAAAACACCUGUCUGUGUUUAACCUCUUACAUACCAGUUUGGGAUUGUCUGUUUUCUGACCCCCUUUAGCAAACAGUUUAUAGUUGCAGAAUGAUCACUCAUUCGUUGAACCAUUACAAGGUCAGGGAAAUUCUGAGUUGGUACUAUUUUUCUUCUGGUCCUGAUUUCUGCUGCUUCUGGAAAAAGCAAAGUAAAAAAGCACCCCAUUGUUAGUCCUUUUAAUGUCUCUAUAAUACACUCUAUGGUUUUCUGUUUAUAAACCUGUCAUUCUUCAAGGUAAACUUAUCAAAUCCAGUUGGGGCCCUGUACCACCGUCCUGAGUUUUGUCCUAGGUAACUGUCCCCAGCACUAGGGAACUGUUUCUAGCAAGAGGAAUGCAGUCUAUGUAGUAUAUCAUUAGAUGCACUCUCGCUGUGCUGAGUGGUGUCAGGGUACUAAGACUGAGCUAGUGGGGCCGGUAUGGGAGGCUAUUAGUCAGCAUAGCAUGCAUUCAUGCAAGACUGACUUCCCCCAUUUUAGAGCACACCACCAGCUUUAUGGGCAAUCCUGCCCCUCACCCAGACUAACAUGUCUCUUUCCCACCGCCCAUCACCACCCUUUUCAGGGCCCUGUCAUGGAUCACCACAGGUCAAUUUGUAAAGUAUGAAACCAUGUACAAAGUUGUAAAAGUUCAAUUAUCCAUGAGUUAAUGCACAGAUUGAUUAACCCAUCAUUACCAAAAUUGAGUAUUCAUGUUUUUACUUGCAUUAUAAAUUGUAAAGCAAUGACAAACUAAAAAUAGUCCAUAAACCCAAUUUACCCUGCUUUACAUCACAGAAAUUAUUUUCACUUUCGAGAGCUAUAGAUUUUUCUGAGAGAACUCCAUUGUUACCAUUUGAAUCUUUGCAAAUUAGCUAAAAAUGACAGCACUCUUCCUCCUAAGAGGUAUUACUGCGUUAUAACAGUCCAGGACAGAGGACUAGAUGCAGGCCGCUCUAUCAGUUUGCAAAUCCCUGUUUCAAAAACAGACAAUUUAACAAUAUUUUCUAUAUAUGGGCUUUAUGCUGAAGUAUGGACAUUCUAUAACAUUUACAUUAUAUAACAAUGGUCGCCAAAAUAACCCAUAAGCAGGGUGUUUGACUUUUUUUUUAUUUAUUUAGUUCAGUCAAACCUUCUGUAUGUGUUACUGAUUGUAUUAUUUCUGGCCCUUUAUGAUAUAUAACAAAAUAAAACAAAGUAUAGUAUCUAAAAAUUCCAUCCUCUUGAUGGUUCUGUAAUGGAUGAAAAAAAUGUAACGUUGUGCACAUUUUCAUAAUUUAAAUGUUUAUGGAUCUCUUAAGCAUGGAUCAAUAUUAAAAAAUACAGUUUAUUG